CGUUGCCAACUUCGGUCGGAGUACGUCGUGUGCUGAGAGCGUCGCGCGUCGUCAGCUGGUACCCACGCACGCACAGUCCCGCCGUCGCCGCCGCUGCCACCGCCGCCGCCGUUGUCAUUCCGCGCUCGUCCUGCCCGCGUACACGUCGCCGAAUUCGCGGUCGACGCUGUGUCUGUUUAACUUUUCUUUUUUUUUUUCCCCUUAUUCUUUUUUCUUUAUUAUUUUUAAAAAUAUUAUACUCGAGUGUUCGUCAGCGUGCGUUUCCAGCAUUUCGGCCAGUGCGUGUUCAAGAUCCGGCCGGGAAAAAAAACGUGCGGAUUUUUAAUUUUUUUUUUUUUUUUCUAAAUACUUUACGCGAGUUGUAUCGGUUCAUUAAUUUUUUUUUUGUACUUCUAUUCGCUGUUGCACCGUAUAAAUCCAUACGUAAUGUUUACGUAACCAUGGUAGACAAAUAGCGAUAUAUUGGUCAGGUCGUCAGCAAUCUCAAGGUAAGACUACCGAGUUGAUAUAAAGAAAAAAAUUACACCGCAAUUUAAAUUCGUUUGUUUGUUGUUGAGACUAUCUGCUCGUAUUAAGUAUAUUGUUGUAUUAUAUUUGUUUGUUCACUGUAUAAUUAUCGUUUCUAUACGUAUAUACCUACCUAUAUCGUAACAAUGUUGUGCACUGUAUUGUACCGAUUAGUAGUUGUAGUCGAGAAGUCCUUAAAAUAUAGUCACCUACUUACGAAAAAUUAAAACAAAUUAUAGGUUUUUUUUUUUUUCAAUUUUCUCGCGUGCUCUUCCGUGGAUAUAAUAACGACUGAAUAGAACAUAGAAAUCGUUGUGCAUAGAUACAUGGAAACGAGAAUUGCAUAGAAGUAUCUCAAACCGCUAUAAUCAAAUUUUUUACACGUACGUAUAUUAAUGCGUGAUAUUGACACCACGGAAUUAUUAUUAUUAUUUGUAUUUGUUUUAUUUAGACUUUGUUCGACAGGCGCGAUUAUAAUACUUUAUAGUAUCUACGAGAUUAAUAAUCAUACACCUAUAAACACGCGUUAUGAAUAUAAUACCUAUUUUAAUGAGGGGGGGGGUAAUAAAAAAAAUGAACGACUAUAUUAUUAUAUGCGCCGUGAUUAAUUGGAGGGGGGGGUAUAGUAUUAUUUAUUUCGGUAAAAAACGGAUUUAGUAAUAAAAAAAAAAAAGUAUUAAGCGUCGAGCACUUUGGCCAAACGACGGAAAACGUGGAUCCACGUGUGCCGGUGGUGACUGGAUGGAAGUAACAGCGACAUUCGUAACAGUUACCGAAGCGUAUAAUACAAUACGAUCAUAAUAAUAUAGUUUGGACCCAGUAGAAAUAGAUAGAACCGAGAUAGGUCAGGUUAGGUUAGGUUGCCCGUGUAGGAUUCACACUCGCAUACGCGUACCGUAAAUCCGUUUAUGUGUGUUUUUCAACUACAUUUCUAAUAACGAAAAACCCGAGUAUAUUCGACAUUAAUUGGGGGGUUUUUUUUUUUACCUCUCAGUAUUGGCCGAGCACAGCCGUUCGCCUUUUACCACGUCUCAGUUAUUACACCGUCUCAGUGGCGCCCGAGUAUUUCACGAUAGUUUCACGUUUAGCGUUUGUGCAUGACGCCCACGACCCGCCUGCCCGCCCGCGCCGAAACAACUCCGUACCGGUUGAUGCAAAAUGCCGUUUAGACCGUUCGUCCGUCAAAGGUGUAACGGGGUCGGUAUACCGCACACCUCGCGCACCGUACCACACAAACGCAGCGUUGGGCACCGAUAAAAACCAUUAGCAAUAAGUCGAAUGGCAUAACGUACGUACAAUACGGGUGUUAUGCCUGUACAGCUAGGUACACAGACGUUAUGUUUUGUAACGCGAUGACCUUUUGGCCAGAACCGCGGUAAUAAUAACACACGGUAUACUGUGUAAGUAAGGCACUCCCGCCCCGCGUAUCUGGUCGUUCGAUAAAAAUUACCACCGUUACCAGCGUUCGAUUGUAUUUUAAUCCCGCGGGGUGUUGUAAGAGACGGUGUAAACCGAGUGAUAUUCGGAAACGAUCGUCGUGUCGUCGUGUGCACCGUCGUCCUCGUGGACUCAUUACAAUAGUGUGGUGUGCGCGGUGUGUCCGCCAAUCUCCGUACGGUCGUAUUAUAAUUUUGAGUACAGUGUAAAUCGCUGCCCAAUAGGCGCUGCGUGCCCUCGAUAACCCGAGAUUUUCGCAAUUAAUUGCCGAGAUUUUCUAGUGAAGACUUCCCGUGUAAGAUUGCCUAACGCGAUUUCUACGGUCACCAGACGUUGUGUUUUGUACACGCUGAUUUACCGUCCGAUAUCGAGCGGCCGACGGCGAUCGAAGAAACGAAAAUAAUAUUUUAUAAUACCAACAAAAUAACAAAAAAUAGUGUAACGCGUCGUUCUCGUCACACGCGUCGAGUUUCAACCCCCGCGUCGAAGAACGCGUCGCGAUGGCAAAUCGCCGUACGGAAUACGCCUACACGUCCUGAUGCCGUCUCUGUUACGACUUAUUACCGUACCGCACGUUGAAUAACCGUUUUUUAAUUGCGUGUAAACGGGGCAGCGUUUUGUCGGGUUUCUGUUGAGAGGGAGGGGGGGGGGCGAAUGGGAGAGGGACGAGCGAAAUACGUUUUCGCCCGGGCCGUGCGUAAGGGGAGCUAGUUGGCCGCCUCUCGAGACGAAUUCGGAAAAGCAUUUUCACCGGCAGGUGUGUAAUAUGCAUUUCAACGUAAACAACGAAUAGAAUGUAAUUCCGAUAAUAUACAGGGGGGACGUAGGGGCCGUGGCCCCUCGCUCCCCGCCCAAGCCCGUAUUUUCGUUAAAAACAACUAUGCAAAAAAAAAAAAAAACAAUUACAUAAUAUAGACUAUUGCAGACACGUACAAUUGUGUAGUCAAGAGGUAUCUAAAAACCAUAACAAUCCUACAAUAUACCAUGUAUACUGCGAUUUUUUUUUUUUUUAUUAUUAUUUUUACGAUUUUCUGAAAAAUAUGACCAGCUCCCCCACCCCACCUCCCCUCAACCAUGUCUCCGAAACCGUCCCCGCGAUAAUGUAAUACGGGAAUAUUUUACUAUUAUUAGGCGUAUGCGUAUGCGCGCAGUUCGUGUGUCGUAUGUACGUCUUAUUGUUGUGACUGCAGUCUGCGCUGUAUUAUAUACGUACCUCUGGCAGCUGCGUGGUGCCGGGAGUUGUUUCGAGAAAAGGCGAUAAUUGUGCAGGUAAUUUCCAUUAAUGUGCUCUCUUUUCUCUUUCAAUUUUUAUCGGCCGGGGGGCUGUAACCCAUCGGGUCUAUUUCCCGACACAUCGAUCCUCUUCGCAUAUACCUGCGUACGUUUCCACGUGUAGAAAACGUUCUUUCAGAAACGGAACAAAUAACCGGAACGGUUGGCAUUCAAAUGCGUGUAUAACGCGUGAACACGACCUAUGGGGCGGGCAAGGGGGCACUAUAUCCCGCUUGGUCUGCGCUUACGAGUGCAAUAAAUAAAUAAAAAACGUAUCGAUUUUCUUAUAACUGCACAAAUACGCGUUGACGAACCGUGUUUUAGACGCGAGGUUUUCGGAUUAGGUAUGCCAAUAAAUGUGAUAUAUUUUUUUUUUUUUUUUUCUCUACGUGAACAAAAAAAAUCGCCCAGUUUGUGUACACCGCGUAACGUAAAACGUGCCAUGCUAUAUCGCCGGGUAUAUUAUUACAGCGCGAUACGACCGUCCCCCCCACAGCGCAACGAUAAUGUAUAACAAUAUCAUGUGUAUAAUAUUGCGGUGCAUCGCGCAAAGCAAACCGUCUAAUCGCGAGCGCACAGUCCACGCGGUGCACGUGUGCCUUAUUGGAAGACAAGAAAAAAAAAAAAAAACCGUAGUAGGCGCGAUAUAGUUGCGUGCACGCUGCUCUGUGUCGCUCUGCACAGCGAAAUGUGCGACGAUCGGCCCGAUUCAAGGAUCUUAAGUGUUUUCUAAUCAAAUACGUAUCUACCUACCUACCUACCUGACUACCCACCUUUAAUGCCUUGCCUAUUCUCUCUCCCGCCCGUUGACCCACAUCGAGCUCACUCGACUAGAACGACGACGACGGCGACGCAGUGCUGCACACACGUUUUCUCGACACGAACAAUAAUAAAUAUAAUAUAGGAAAUCGAACUACAUUAAAACGAAUUUAUCCGCGAACAAUAUAAAACUUCAUAUCGCGGACCGCUUCUUUUUCGAAAAAAAAAAAUAAUAAUAUGAAUAUGAAUACGAAUAACGAGAGAGAGAAAAAAGAAACCGAACCCAUCGCCGCCGACGAUGAUGUCUACUCGUCGUUCCAUUAUUAUUCCCGCUCUACUGUUAUUUUUGCGUUUUUUUCGCCACACGAUAGUCACGGCCAGACAACCGCAGUAAUAACCGCUGUGCACCGACUGUCGUCUUGUAGUACGCGUUAUUAUUUUGGCAACUGCCGCACACGGCCGGCAAUCGGAAAAUAAUCGAUUUUUCAACCGUCUCCGCAGAUAAUUAUUAAUAACACACGCGGACGAGAUUCCGUCGAUUCCCGUGUACGGUUGUUUUUAUAAUAUCUCAUUGUAGCGUGCAUUAUAAUGUAUCAACAAGUUUUAUUACGUACCAUUAUACGCGUGCGCGUAUAUUAAUAUUAUGUAAUAUGUGUGUGUGUGUGUGUGUGUGUGUGUGUGUGUCGCAACGAAACAUUUGGAGGCGAAAAUGCAAAAUUCUACCGCAGUUUCCGGUAACAGACUUUUGCGUUUUAGUUGUAUUUUCCGAUUGUUUGGGUAUGGUUCUAGCAGAACUCGUGGCCGUGUUGUUGGCCGGCGACGUCAUCAUCGAGCGCGUCCGAGGAACGUGGGCCGUUACCCUGCCAACGGCAUCGUAUACCGUAACCGGGGCAACCGCGGGUGUAUGGUGUUGCCCCGUGCGACCGACCGAGUGCCACCACGAGUGUUGGACUUGAGAUGAAGUAAAUAUAUAUAUAUAUAUAUGUAUUGUAUAUAAUGGAGAGGAAAAAAGCGAGAAAAAAAAAAUUCGAAGCGAAACAAUUGGUAUUCAUAUUAUAAAGCUGGCCGUAUAAGGACGUUGUAAAGAUUUUCGGUGGGCCUGAUCGAUGUUCCGACACGCGGUCGUUAGACUUUCGCGGACAGAGGCGCCGCCGCGUAUCUCGCGACCGGAUGUCACGGGAUAAAUUAAUAUUGUACAGGAAUUUAACGCGGGCGGUGUUGGAUUAUAGAAAAAAAUUGAGGAAAAAAAAAAAAAAGACGCCGCGAUGAAAACAGAAUGGCGAAUAUACGAGUUAAUCAUCCGAAUGAACUCGUUGCAUUUUAGGUAAACGAACGAGGGGCCACAGAUUUUGUUUUUUAGUUGUUUUUUUAAUUUUCAGCUCGAUAUACGUGGCCGUGGCCUGGUUUCGUUUUCUAACGCUUGCGGUUUGCCCCUUCGCGUGUUGUAUACACCGCGAGUGGGUGUGGAAAACUCGUUAUAACCAAUGAAAACCAAACUCGUUUUUCUCGACUGAAAUUCCUACGAGUCUUUUUUUUUUUUUCUUUCAACGCCAAACUGUUUUUUUUUUUUAUGAUCGAAAACGCCACGGUUUUGAUUUCGCACACCGGCAGCAGCACUACUACUGUAUCGCCCCGACUGUAACUAAUUUAAUUGACGUUUAAUAUUAUAAUAAUAUAAUAAUACACGAGUAUACGGGAUCGCGUUUGGUAAUUAACACGGCCAAUCAAAAUAUAAUUUCGCUCAGACGGUACGAGUAAAAUAUUAUCGCGGUUAAUGUGCGCGAGUUUUUGUCUUAGCUCGGCUCGUUCGCCGCCGCAGUUUCGUGCGAAACGACCCGCGCGGCUUUAUCGCGUCGCGUAGGUCGCGGCCGAACGUCGAACGUCUGCUUAAAAAUAGGUUUUUUUUUUUUCUUCUUUACGCCCCGUUCUUUCUCCUCCGAGUGCACCGAUUAAAAACGUUUGCGAUUUCCUAUUGCCGCGGACAUGAUGUUAUUUUAUGGCCGCCGACUCGGUGCGCGCAACGUCAUCCGUACAACGAUUGUACUCUGCAGUGGCGUGCUCAGAAUUUGCAUGUAAUAUAACGGAGGGGGAACGCAGGGCAAUCUGAAUUCGACUGGUUAUCGGUGUCUCACUCGGGUACCCGUUCCUUCAAACAAUACCGAAUGGAGGGAGGGGUACGACGCUCUCGUCCCCCCUCUCGUGCGCACGCCACUGUUUAUAUCGUCAUACCGUCCUCGUGGUCCUGCAUCGCUACACAAUAUUUUCGUAUGUAACCUACAAUCGUAGCCGCGAUCGGUCCACCGACUUAGAGAGAGCCGAAAUUCUAGACGCAUCACAGACCCGCGGGCGAAAUCCCUCCACAGUCCCCUUUGCACGACACUUAUAAUAGGCUAUUGCACGUUUAUGUAAAAAUGUACUAUGACUUUUUCACGUACAUUAUGUGUCGUUUGUAGGUAUAAUCUGGAUUUUGUUCUGCGUAUUAACAUUAUGAAACUCGUGGGUAUACAUAAUAUUUAGUCGAUACUAUAUUAUAAAAGAGCUGACUGGGUAUUUUCGGGGUGCUAGAGACUCCCUAGCAGCCCCCCAGUCUACGACGAUAUUAUAAUAUUAAAACGAUCACGCUCUGUACUGCGGUGACUCGGUAAAUUCGCGUCUUAUUAAACGCGUAAUACGUAACAAAAAAAAAAAAGUAAUAAUACUUCAUCGGAAAAAUUCUCAAUCUUCGGUAUGGGUAUAUUAUUAUUAUAUACGGGAUCUCGUUCUUAGAACGCGUCGAUAUUGGUAGAAAAAAAUAAAUAAUAAUAAUAUGAAAACCACGUUGAACGACCGCGUCGCCGGGUCGUCGGACGACCGGGCCAGGCCCCGUAUCCGUAGAAACGCGUAUAGGUAAAACUCGUUAUCCCACCGAGCGGCAGCAGCCGCGGCUACCACCACGCGCGGCGGUGACGAGGACGAGGACGCGUGAUGUAGCAGCUGUGUGUGCAUGCGGUGUACCCGAUCGUCGUCGUCGUACGGGCACACGACAUUGUAUAACGACUAAAAACGUUCGAGAGAUGCUGUUCUCGACGGCGCGGCGCAAUAAACCGAUUGUCAAGGAUGCGAUUUCGCGCCGCCUCCUGACUGAGUUGUCGUGUUUUGUUGUUCGUCGUCGUCGCCGUCGAGGCAUAUUUUAACAACGGUGCCAAGGUCGUCGUCGUCGCGUAGCAGGCCUCGUGCGAACCGGUGGCGUCGCACUGUUUUGCUAUCCCGAUACGUUCCUCCCACCCCCCCCCNCCCCCCCCCCCCCCAUACUUUCCUGCCAAACCGCCGCCAUGAAUGGAAAACGGCAACGGGAAAAACCGAUAAUAUGAAUAAUAUCGCGGUUGUUAUUUGUAGGCGACGCGCGCGCCCGUAAAAAAUCUACGCCGGGUAAACUCGGCCCGUCGGCGGCGGCGGCGGGCGAUUAUCCCGCUCGUCAUCCGCGUGAGCCGUGCGGCGGCGGAGGCGGACGAACGGCUAACGUACGGUAUAAUAGUAACAAUAUAAUAUUAUUUUGUCCUGCAAGACGGGAACCGGCGGCGGCGUCGAGAGUAUAACGAGACGGGCGACAAUAAAACUGCCAGCCGCCGCCGCCGCCGUGUCCCGCCCGUUACGAUAUGAUAUUGCGUAUUAUUAUUUUUAUUAUAUAUUGUCGUCGUCGUACCUAUUCAAAUAUCGCCGAACAACGCCACGUCGUAUUUUGGUGUAAAAAAAAAAAAAAAAAAAUAAAAUGUAAUUAUUUACCUAACCGACACGCCACCGUCGCUAGAUGUACGGCAAACACAAUAAAAUAAUAUAUCGAACGACCGUAUAAUAAUAUUGUAAAAUGUACACUUCCGUCGCGCGGCGGGACCUUAUCGCGCCGAUAGGACACUCGUCGCCGAAGGAACACGCGUCGGUGUCGUCCACGCGCUCCUUGUCAGUCAGAGCCGCGUGUUCAGCCGUUCGGCGCCCAUCAGCAAACAAUAAUUGUCAUUUUUUUUUCCUCUCCAUAAAAGACGUUCACGCGGUAAAAUGGCGAUAGAAAAUCGCCAUUUUAUCGCCGUGUCGCCGUAAUAAACCGGAUACGAACCGGAAUAUCGGAAAAAGCGUCCUCACCUCCAUCCCACGAUUUUCACCGAUCGGACUGGAAAUCGCGGACCAAACAAGCAAUAAGCGUUUAGCGAAAACCUCACUCCGACCGAAAUUCGGGAUAGUACAAAAAGAUAAGAGCGCGAACAAAUUCUUUAAAUGUAAUAACUUACGCCGCUAAAUAACAGCUCGGAAAUUUGUUCGCAUUUAUCACUUUCAACAAAAAAAAAAACGACCAAAAAUAUGAAAAAAUUAAAAAUUAAAAUCAAGUUUCACUUUCGGAGUGUCUGUCACACACACACACGCAUCGAAUUACGGCGUAUACUUGGAAUGCAUUGUCCUAUAGAGCUAGUGCGUGAAAAAAAAAAUAGAAUGAUUGACAAUCGGUACGGAUGAAGAAUACUCAAUACCUAUUUAUAGGCAAAUAUUAUGAACAACUAAUUUUCUCGAGUCUAAUGGGUUUUUUUUUUUUUUUAAAUUCGGUGCAACCUAAUUCAACACUAAAAACCCGUAGAAAUACAUAACUAAUAUCCACUAAAUAUUUAUAAUACCAUCGCCCAAAAGUACAAAACUUGAGUUUCACUUUUAAAGCGCAUUUUUGUCACACGAAUCGUAAUGUGCCCUGUACAUAUUCUGUAUAUUCUGUAGAGACGCCCGGAAAAAUGAAUACACUGCCAUAUUAUUAUUAUCUUGGUGCCGAGUAACAUUCUAUACCAAACUGAGACUCUUCGGGAAAAGACCCUCUUUACCUUCAUAUUUACACGGCCGUUUGGGUUCCCUGCUCCAAUCCACCCCCUCCCCCCACUAAAAAACAAAAAAUCCGGGUUCUUUUUUUUUUACUAGUCGUAAAUCCGGCUUUGUAACUCCCCUACCCGCGCAGCAAUCACCGUGAAAUAUUUCUAGACCAUUGACCCGGACGCCGGCGACGGGCCUCCUAAAACUGUCGGAACGCUAUAAUAGAAUAUUCGAAUAAUAUUUAAAAUAUCGUGUAGAGACGAAUUUUAUUCGUUAUUAUUAGUAUAAAACAAUAUUAUUAAUCGUGUUUCGGACACACCCGCUCGGGAUUUCAGACAAUUUAUUCCGGAGUGUACGGUACCCACGAUAGAAAUAUACAUAAGUUGGUAAUAACAAACGACGAAAACAUUUAUAAUAAUGUGUAGUGACGCGCGCGAGUAGUUUUGCGGAAUUAUUAGUCACCGGGUCCAAAAUGGUUUCCGUCACAGAAAACUGUCAGUGAUGGGUACCGUUUUCCACAAUAAUGUACACCUACUGCGCCUACUUGCGUAUAACGACAUUUCGCUUUUCCGUUUUAUAAUAUACAACAAUAUUAUUAUCCAAUACGAACCGUAUAAAAUUCGUACGAAACGAGCAUGUCUUUUUUUUUCCCCCGUUACUUUCGAUGUUUGGGCCCAUACACCGUCCAAACGGUCUCCGGUUUCCCUAUUCCUUCCGAUUCACUGCUGCGGGCUUUACUUUUCCUAGAUUUUCCGAUAUAGCUUCCCGUCUGAGUACACAAAACUGGAGUAGGUACCUUACUAAAAUGCAUUAUUGAAUAUUUUUCGAUGCACCAUUCGGCAACAAUCAAAAAUCUUUGUUAUUUUUUCGGAUAUGUAUUUUUUUUCUACAUAAAUUGUUUCGUUAAAAAAUCAAUUUUUGAACUAGAGUUAUCCGGUUGUUGCUCCAAAAUUUUCGAAAAUUCAUCAGGUAAAAUUAUAAUAUUAUAGUUAGAUCGUUAAUAAAAUAAUUAGAUAUUAUUUACCUAUCACGGUAUUUUUUUAUUUUUAGCAUACUUAUUAAUAUUUCAUUCUUUUCGAUAUUUUCGCAAAGUUCUCUGACAUUUCCCAUAUUCCAAUAUUGUGUACCGUGUGUUUGAUAAUACAAAACGUAUAUCAUUAUAAAACAAUAAUAUGUUGUCGAAUAUUGUGCACUAAUAAUAUUAUAAUAAUUGAUUUAAAAAAAUAUUUAUAUCAUACGUUUCCCCGUCGAUUGAAUAUUAUCUAACCUAUAAUGACACGGAUAUAAACAAAUAUUAUUGUACAAAUACGUAUUUAAUUAUUAAUUUAUCAUUUCAAUAGUUAUCUCUCUUUUUUUUAUUUUUUCCGAUUUUAGAGCGUUAAUUGUUCGCCUCAACGAACACUGUUUACUUUGGUACUGACAAAUAAAUAUCCCGCGUUCCGACUCGUUGAAACACAACUGCCUCAUUAUAAUAACAAUAGUAUAUUUUCAGAGAAUUUAUUCGAUAAAUUGUGUUUGGAUACGAAUUUUUUAAUUAAAAAAAAACCAUGCCCGGGCGACAUAGGUGUCGGUUGAUUUAUAUGCAUGUUUUAAGGAAGUUUUUUGUAUCCACAUAGACCCCAGUAAUGCAUAAGAGAACUCCGCUAGAAAAUUAAUGGCAAUUAAUGAUUGAAUUAGUAGAUUGUGUAACAAAACAUGGGAAAUACUCUUACUGGCAGGGGAGGGGUAACUGGAAAAAGUCCAAUUGUCAAGAGGAAGGUUCCGUUUGUCUGCUCGUGGAACUCGUCUACAAUAAUAUACUCAUGAAGCUUUUUUUAACUGGAAACUCAAGGGACAUUCACUUGAAAAAAUGCCCUGCAGGCUAAACCAGCGUGUAAAAAUAGUUUCGAGAUUAGGAUUUGUCGACAUAAUAAUAUAGUAGGUUUUAUAAUUAUAUUGCGACUAAUUAGAUACGUCUAAAACGAAUGAAUAAACGUACUGUUUGUAUGACGUAUAAUAUUUCUAAUACAGAUUACGUUUUCAAUUAUUACCUAAUCUAUAAACAAUAAAUUUGUUUACCGAAAUUCCCCCAUUUUAGUAGAACAAACUAUUUUUUCUAUAUUAUUAUGACGUGGUUUUUUUUUUUAUGUUGGUAUACAAUAUUAUUAUUGUCACGAAAUUCACGAAAACAAGUUUGGCUUUGAAGAGGUGAUGUAACUGUAAAUUAUUAUUAUUAUUAUUAUUAUUAUUAUAAAUUCAGCACUGCUGUUCAAUAUUCACCGCUCGUGGUAUCUCGACUGGGUAACUACACGGUUUUUAAGGUUACCUAGCUACCAAUUGAACUAUUUUUUUUUAUCAUUAUCAUUUUUCUAAAACUCGUUGCAAAACCUCUCGUACCAAUCGAAUAAUAAUAUUAUAUUUUUCGUCAUGACCUCGUAUUUUCUUUUUUUCCUUUUCGAACAACAUUGUUAAAAAAAAAAUUAUAUUAUACUAUUGAGUGCGCCUGGUUUUUUUUUUUAAUAACUUCGUUAAGAUAACAAAUAAUUUUCUGAUAAAAUGUAAUACAAUCGUAUUAUAAGUGUUUUUAUUAUACAAUAUAAUAACGGUACUUACUUUACGACGACCAAUAUAACAAUACGAACAUCUUGACUGUUCCCGGUUGGGUUUUUUUUCUUCUUAAUCUAAAUACUGUCCAUUUAUUAAACGAUAAUAUUAUUUAUGUUUGUACUGGACGUCGUAUAAUAAUAAUAAACAAUCCAAUUAAAGAUAGUAUAAAGUGUGGGAUAUUGUGGGAUAACGCAGUUGACACUAUACCAGAAUAUUAUAUACACACAAUAAGUAAGAUUUUACAAAAUAAAAUAAUAAUAUGUGUCCUGUACAAUACCCGGUGCACUCUUUUUAUUUGUCACUUUUAAUUUUUUUUUUUUCACUAUCGCUUAACACAGGUGUAUAAAUAUACUUUUAAAAUUAAAUUCUUUAAAAAUAAAAAAUUAUUUUAAUUUUUUUUUUUAAUCAAUUUAUAAAACAUAAUCAAACCGUAAAUCCUAUGCCAACACGUCAUUACAGUGCAUUGUACAAUGGCUUCUACAUUAUAUUCUGUCCGUUGAAAGUCGGUUGGUAUAAAAAAUAAAGACUAUUUAUGAAGAAACUGGACCAAAAUAAAAAUGUUGUUUACGAGAUAAGUGUAUAAAGAACUAGUAUAAUAAAGUAAAUCUGGAUAUGCCCCAAGUGGCGAUUAUACGUAUUAUUUUUUCUUUUCUUAAUCCUGUAUACUAAAUUAGAAAGUAAUGAUUUUUAUAUCUAUAUACAUAAAUGUGCGAUUUGUAUAGUACUAUAAAUACUAGUUGGUAUUUAUUUUUUUUUAUUUAUCUGUUGGUCAAUCAUUUUCUUGAACUACCCCUUCCAAGUAAUAUUGUGCAUUCGAUUGCCUGUCGGCCAUUUUAUUGUUUAUGCGAAUCGGUAAGCGGAUAUUACCGCUUUUUUUCUAGUUCAAACUCGACGAAUAGUUAUUAUUCGUAUUCCCUAUGUAUGUUUUACUCACAAUAGUAACAAUUUUACCAACCAAUGGUAUGCAACCGACUGGUAGAUAUACCUAAUAGACCGACUAGGUAUAUUUCCUCUACAGUAUGAAUAUUGUUCUUUAAUUUAUUUAAGUGUGUAAAGUGUUUAUACACACGUGUAUACAUUAUGCAUACAUACAAAAUCGAAUGAUUUUUAACGAUUUUCAAGGUCAGAAAGGUUGUGCAACGGUAAACGAAACUUUUAUUUUCAUUAAAUAUAAUUAUAGAUAUCAAAUAUUUAACGAGUUAUUAUUUCGUUUACAUUAUUUUUAGGCAAACGUUGAAUGGUAAAUUGUAUUCCUUCCUUCCGCUCUCCGAAGAAAUAUAAUAUAUUGUAUUAUAAUCACAGUUGAUUCGUAAGUUUUAUUUAUAGUUGUUUUUAUUGAAAUCGGUGGGCAGUAGUUGCAAUGUCACUAGAAUUUAUUAUUCACUUCUCAGUUUAUAAACUAUAACAAGGCAUGUAGUAGGUAGGUGUUUUUUAUUUUUAUUAUUGUCAUAGUGAAAAGUGGAAUAUUAUGUAUACCGUUGGUUUAUGUUUUGAUAACAAUUCUCGAUGUGUAUUAAUGAAUUGAUAAUAAUUAUUACGGGUGUUAUUUUUAGACGUUGAAGUGUAUAAAAUCCAUAGAGGUUUCCAUUCGAUUUCCUUUUAAGUUAACGUUUUCAGAGAUUGGCAUAGCAAUCACAUGAAUAUUAUUUAUUUAUGUGAUUGAUUGAAAUAAUGGAUACAAUUUAAAUCAUACAAACGUGAAUCGUAUAAGUGAUAAUAAUUAUCUUAAAACAAUAAUACGAAAGGAAAGUUAAUAAUGCAAUAUACAUUAUACAAUUAUACAUUAUUUCGCAAUUACACAAUUAUAUUAUUUCAAUAUUAUUCAUACGGUAUAGGAAUUUAAAUAUAAUAUUAUUUACAGUCUUUGUAGUUUCUUUAGUACUUAAUCAUUUACAAUUAUAAUUAUAAUAGAGCAAAAUCAUUAAUCUGAUUAUAUAAUUUAAUAACUUCUUUUAUUUUGUAUUAAAUUUUUGAAAUUAAUAUAACAUUUCUAAUCGAGAUUAGCGUAAACAUAUUAAAUAAAACUAAAAUUAUUAAUGUUAUCUACGAUUAAUGAUUAAUAUAAUAUAUUAAUAUAAUUAUAUUGCUAUUUUAUAUAUGUUUCUAUUUACUAUAAUUUAUACUGUUAAAAACUCUUGAACAUUUAUUUUAAAAUUGUAAGUCCAUAAAUAAAUAUAGAUAAAGAUUAUGUGGCCACAGAAUGUGUCCUUGAUUUUCGAUAAAAAUUCUAUGAAAUCAAACUAUAUUCCAUUAUUUGUGUAGGCAUUACCGAAUCGUACAAACAUGAUAGUUUAAAUUUGUUUUUUUCUUUUGUAUAAAAUUAAGCUAUUCGAUUUUAAUUAUGCUUGCCGUAUUAAGUUUUAUGAUUUUGUAAUAUUAAAAAAAAAAAAAAAAAAUUAAUAUAACUAUUUGAAAAACUAUAGUUCACAUUAAAGUGGUUACUGCAAAUAUCAAUCAUAGUAUCAGAUUUCUGUUUUUUAAGAAAGAAAAAAAUUGCCGAUAUUAAGAAAAUCACCUACUCAUAAUAAGAUUUGUUUAUUUAAUAUAAAUUUAGCUUUAUUUGAAGAAAAAAAAAACGAAGUACGUUCGUAUCUAUUAAGCUUUUCGAAUAAUUUCUUUGAUUCGAUCGAUGAUUUCUAAACAAUAUAUUAUAAAUUAAUUGUUUUUGAAAUAUUCCCAACUAUGAUUACAGUUUUUAUUUUCGAAUAAAACGAAAAGCAUGUGCAUUAGGUAGUUUAUGAUAAAAUUAAUAUAAAAUAUCACGAAGCUGCAGCGAUUCUGUACACACACGUCAUCAACGACUACGUUUAAAUUAUUAUUAUUAUAUUGUGAUUCGGUUUUUUUUUUUGUAAAUCUAUUAAUUUUCUCUCGGAUAUAGGGGUCAAUUUUUGGUUUAUUUGUACGUGCAUGUAGGGAGAGGGUGGGGGGGAUAACACCGCUCUUUUAGCUCAAGAGGAUAUCCUUGCCGCACUGCAGUAUUAUAUUAUUAUAAUAUACGCGUAUAAUAACAACAAUAAUAAUAUUCUCCAUAAAUUCUCACUGUACUUACGUAUUAGAAUAAUAAAUAUACCCUCACAAUAAUGUUUCAAUGAAUAUUAACGUAGGGGCAUACCGUCGGCGGCGCGGCGUUAUUAGCAAUGUCAUUCAGCAUUUCCUUGAACCCGCAUUGACCUUAUUCUGUCUCCCUCUCUCACUCUCUCUCUCUGUCACUCUAUCUCUGUCUUUCUCCGCAGCCUGCAGUACGACUGGUCCCCUCCACGUUUUAAAUUUAAAAUAUAACGGAAUACGUCAUGCUGGACGCUAAUACGAUAUAGGAUUAUUAUAAUAUGUAAUAUUCGUAUAAAAAUAUGAUUUUGCGCGCGUACGGAAUAAUAAGUAAAUCCGCAUAAUACGUCGCUGUAUGCGCAAUAUAUUGAAAGAGGAAGAACAGGAAAAAGAAACGCGAGACCGCGAGGCUUGUUCUCCAAAGUCUGAUUCUCCGAGUGUAGCUCUGUACGACGACGUCACGAUAAAAUAUUAUAAUAUUAUGGCAAAAUUGAUUUUCACGUGAUUGCUCGGAGUUGUAUUAUGAUAAGUGAAGACCAUUUGUAUAUUGCAAUUACAAUCGUCUAGACAUAGGCUAUAAUACAAAAUAUAGUCUACGCUCGCGAUUAUACAACAUUAAUCGUUUUCGUAGACUUUUAAACAUUGUUUCGGCGCGCAAUUUUGAAUUUAUAAAUUCUACUGCGAUAAUUUCAUUAUUUUAAAUACGCGAGAACAUUUUUAAACGCGUUUCGUACGCGCGUGUACCCGACUAAUCUAAUUUUAACAACAAUUAUAAUCAAAUUGCAUCAGUAAUGAAAUUUAUCACGCGAAAUCGUGUAUAUAGGUUCGAAAUCGUACCUUUUUUUUUCAUUAAUCUUAUCGGAUAUAUCGUUCAACAUUUUAAUGUUGCGAAAUGUUUUAAUACUGUUUAUUAUAAUGCAAUACGAUUUAAGAACCUCCCCCCCCACCACACACACACACACACACAAUAUCAUUUUACUUCUCGACGAUAAUAAAUUAUUAAGUAUUGUUAUUAUAUCGCGCGUCGGGAAGGAAAGAAAAGAAUAUUGUUCUCCUAUCAAUAGCAGCAGCAGCACCACCACCAGCAGCGAAAACACCGUCUGGUAAAGCGUCGAGCGGGGAGGGGCUAGAGGGGCGAUAAUGAUAUUACAGGUUGGUGUACGGGGAAAAAAAAAAGAGACUCGAACGCGUUGACUCUUCACGCCGCGCGAAAGCGAUUCCGCCAGUUUUUUCGUCGAACCGAUUAUACCGAUCGUCCGCUCCGUGUGAUCCGUGUGCGCCUCUCCUUUACCACUCCGGGUCGACAAACGCCGGCGCGCGACAACGUGCGGUGUGAGCGGGCCGCCAAAAAACGCCGAGUGUUAUUCAAAUUGCCGCCGGGAGUCGUACGGCGCAGACAGAGACGGAUACGCGCGCGCGUACACCGGAUCCGGCGAUUUUCCGACCCGUCGAGGGCGGGAGGAACGCGUACGCGAUAUUGGAGGUGCGUGUACGCCGUAAUAAUAUUAUCGGGCGCAGGUAUUCCGAACCGCCGAACAAGUACGCAACCGUCCCAGAGCCGCUGCCCGGCGUUCGUUUCGCCGCAGGUUUCUCGACGCGUUCCAGACGCGCGAAUAUUUUUUUAUGAUUCCAAACGAGCGCGUUGUGCGUACGUAUUAUUAUUUUUCGGACCCCGUUUACCCGUCGGCGCCCGGGUAGGUAUGCAUAACGUUUUGUUGUAUCGCGCGAAAAAAAUAAUAAUUAAGGAGUGCGGGGCGGAGGGUCCCGUUAUCGCGAAGCUACAACAGCAUAAUGAUAUUGUAACGCGCGUAUCUGCGACGAUAAUAAUGACAAUGAUAUAUAACGUGUAACGCAAUCUGCGUCCGAUUAUUGUUAUAUUAUGUUGAAUACGAUAUUUUUAUUAUUAUCGUCAGUCGGUCGACGAUUUGAGGCCGAAACUUCACGUUACGUCGUCGCGUAGCGAUAAGCGUCGCGCUAUCAAAUAGACCGACAAGAAUGUUUGUUAAAAAAAAACCCCGAUAGAUAAUAGAAACGAAUUACGUCGCGGUACUGUAUGAUGCACCAGAGUUAUUUGGGUAGGUCGUAGCGGUGCAGCACGUUUGGACACUUUUACCUGUUCCCUGUUCAAAAUCCACACAACGUUCGGGCACUCAAUGUCCCCAAAAACAGCACGUUUGGGCGUUUUUCGCUACCGAGGGGGGGGGGGGGGGUUGGUGUUCAAACACCCCUCUUUGACUAUAUUUAUGCAAACAAUUAUUAUUUUUACCACAUUAAUAUGCAGCUAUACAUCAGACAUCUACAAGAUAUGUUACGCAUUGAUAAUUAUUAGGUAAUUAGUAUAUGUUAUGUGUGUUACAUACACACAAAAAGGUUACAGAGUUACAUCUAAACACGAAAUAAACAAUUCCUGGCUACGCCACUGCGUUUGGCCAUUAAAAUGAAAAAAGUAUAAAUGCCUUUAUUAAAGAAUUACCUAUAUAAAAUAUAUAUUAUAUAUUACAUAGGUACAAUUAUAAACAUAUUAUAUAAAUAAAAUAACUUAUCUAAAAUCAAAUUUGCAUUAUAAUCAAAAAUAAUAAUAUACAAAAGAUAUAUAUAAAAAAAAAAAAAAAACGUAUAAUUGUAUUGUAUUUUCUUGAUUUCUAAUUACCAUAAUUUUUAAAUAUUGAAUUAAAGUUACGUCUUCUUUUUCAUAAUCAUUCCAGUUAUCAGUUAUCGGUUACCUAUAUAUUUAGCUUUAAGUACAGACUCUUUUCUAAUUGAAUUGAAUUGAUUUUAGUUUAAUGUAGUUUCUGCCUGAAUGCUAAUCAAAAUGUCUACUGCAUGGCGUAAGUUCGGGUGUGGAUAGUAAAAUUUUGCAUUCAAUUUGUUUUAUAAAAACCUUUACAUAUAUUAUAUACGAGUAUAAUAUGUAUAUAUGUUUAUUAAUUAUAUACUAUAGAGUGUAGUAGUGUACUUAUAAACUAUAGUGCCCAAACGUGUUGUGAUUUUGUGCACAAACGAGUCGCAAUUUAGAUUAAAAUGCCCAAACAUGUUGUAGCCCCGACUAGGUACCUACAGCGAUAUCGUUGUGCAUUUGCAUAGGUACUGAUAUUAUAAUAAUUAUUACGAUCGCCGUACUCGUCAUAUAGUCGUAGACUUAUAAUACAUCCAGACGGAACAUUCGGCAUGAAAACGCGUUCCGGCGGCUGGAGUUUCGUUUAGAGGAUCGAAACGCGCGAGACGAUAAACGUAGCGUUUUAAUUGGCUGUCCUCAGAGCGCAAAUUCGCUGCCGUCUCUCUCUCACAUUAAGCUUUAUAUCAGCCAAUCUCUUUCGAUUCGUUCGGACCGACCACGCCUCCCGAUCCUCGGGGUGAAUGAUCCGUCUAGAUGUACAAGUCUAUGCAUACAGUGGUAGUGGUGGUGGUGGUGUUGGUGGUGGUGAUGAUGAGUACACGUGUUUUCUGACCACAUUUUUAUCGGUCAUAUAUUAUUAUAAUAUUGUAUACGUAUUUUUUUUUAUUCGGGUGUUGUAAUAUUAUUAUUAUCGUGGAAGUACGACUGCGUAUUUGUACGAGAGCCGCUGUCUCCAGUUUAAAGGUCACCGGGGCUAUCGGCACCGACAUAAUAAUACGUAUACGUUAAUAUUAUACACACCGUCAUGAUAGCGUGUGUUAUUGUGUCAUCGUCGUCACAGUUUAUGCCCAUUUAACGUAUUAAUAUUGUUACCAUCGUAUUAAUAUUAAUUAUUAUUAUUAUGCGGCGUUUUAUGUGCGCCGAGUUUAACUAACGCGAUUAAAAUAUAAAAUAAAUAAGUAAAGGGCGAUUCACACUGCGAAGCUUUUAUAUAAUAUAGCGUUAUAAGAAAAGGGGACCGAGUCGACAUUAUCACAUUUUAUUUUUUGUCGGGAAAUUAAAAAAAAAAAAAAAAAACAAAUUCUAUAGAAAUCGUAAAGAAUUUAAAUCCUUAUCGUAAUUUCGGGGAUAAGUCGACUUAUGUCCCGUAGACCGAUACAACAAACCGAUAAUUAACUUGAUAGCUGCAGACAGAGAGACAGAGGUUAAAUGUUGUUUGACAGAGAUACAGUUGUACGACUUAUACGACCGUCUAUCAGUAAUACCCAUUCUCAGACAGGGUAAGAUAGCGUACAGUUUAGGUCCAAUAUAAUAUGCACAUGUGCUGGCCUUCUCUUUAUUACAAUCUCGGUAUUACAGGCACGACUGACUACGCGACUGUACAGAAACAUCUAGGAGCAAUAUUAUCUUAUCAUACGUUAUUAAUCCUGCCCGGGUCAAGAUUUAAAAAAAAGUGAAAUAUCAUACAUGUACAAAAACGAUAAAAAAAAAAAAAAAAAAACGGACACUGCGCGAUGGGCGGACCACUGUUGUAUGUGAGAAGUUGGGAAGGUAGAGUGGAAGUUUAAUGUAUAUCCGAACGCAACGAAUUAAUUGUCGCUUACGAAAAACGAUUCUGAUCGGUCGUACAUGUUUUCAAAGCCCGUAAUAUUUACGAUUUGAAAAUAAUAUUAUGAAAAUCCUUGGAAAAAUCAAAAAAUGACCUCCGUCCAGGAAAAAUUUCCUUUCGUAAAGUGCUACGCUUGAAAAUCGGAGCAAGCUUUCUGGUAUAAAAGUCGUUUACAGAUAAAAAAAAUAAACAAUAUUAUAGAAAAUUCCAGAGUAACAUGUAAUAAGAAUAUUUCUUCCGCCUCCCGUUUUUAGAUGCUCGCGUACUAGACAAUCUAAAGCAAAACUCGCCAGUUUUUCCUUAAUUUUCUUUUUUUUUUUUCUAAUAAAACUACAAAGAAAUUCAAAAAACGACCUCCUCAAUUCCAAGAAGUUUCUGUGUAAUUAGGUCGUUGAUUGUGGCGAUAUUAUACCGGUAGAAAAGGCGUUUACAGACACGAAAGAAAACGACCACGUUUGCGGUAUAACCGUAUGUACAUUCUUCGUUUAGCUCAGAAUCGAUCGGAAAACGUGUACACUACAAUAUACCGUGUUUAUAACCCUUGUACACUUACAUUUUAAACGCAUAAUAUCAGGCACGCGCGAUAAUGUUUAUGGAAAAUAACCGAAUAACGUACCGAGCAACGGUCUACAAAAUACGGCGAUUUUCGGUCGAAUACCGCAAUCGAAUAGUCGAUUAUUGUUUUCGCUAAAAACGCACGAAACGUCUCUAAUCCGCAUAAUGUGAUGUACCGCGAAUCCCCCUUGAAACGGGCCACAACCGCCGCAUCGUUAAGCGCGUUCGGACCACCACCACCACCACCACCACCACCGUCGCCGCUGCUGCUUCCAAGCACACUAUUUACUACUAUUACCACUAUAAUUACCACUACCAUUCCGCGCAACUACUGCGUCCGCGUUUGCCAGCCCGCACGGCCCGUACAGUAUAUAACAUCAUUGUGAUAACGCAAAAACGCGUUAUUAUUGCGGCGCACGCAUUCCGAUGCCGCGUACGGCGCGCGUGUCGUGAGUAUUCGAUUCCCCCCCCCUCCCGAUCCGCGGUCCCCUCGCCGCGCCGAAUCGGUACGAUGACGGAUUGACAGCGCGUAAAAAUGAAAGAGAGAAAAAGGAAAAAAAAAAAAAACCCGAUCGAAAAAUACCGACCGGAUAACGUUAUUUUCUUCGCUUAUCGUCGCGAAAUUUUUUUUUUUUUUUUGUAAUUUUCGUCGUCCCGACCCCGUCGCCGUUCGAACGUGUCGCCCCUACCCCACCCCCCUUCCCGCCGCUUCAGUAAUUAGGAACGAGAAAAAAAAAAAAACAAAAAAAACCGCAACGUUGCCGUUCGUUAAUACAAUAAUAAGUAGCGUAUAUAUACGCCUGCGGUCGCGCCGCGGUCGUGCACGUGCGCGCCCGUCCGGACUCGCACAAUGUGUUGCGAAACUCCGCGUGCCGUCGUGAAGUGGGUAUCGGCGAAACGGUACCGUGAGAUUGUGGAACGCGAGCGGUUCGCGCGCGAUAUAGGUAAAAUUUAUUAUUGUUAAGUCGACGGCGGCGCUGCCGGUUGCCAAGCAACUCCGGCGCGGCGACGACGACGACGACGACCACGACCACGACGUUCUCGCAGCGUUCGCGUCUAUUUCGCAACAACAACAUCAACAACAUCAACAAUAAUAAUAAAAUAAUAACGCGUAAUACAUUCGAUAAUUAUUAUUAUCAACACACUGUUGUACGCUUAGAAAAUACGUUUUUUUCAUUUUGUUUCGCGGCCCGUGAUCAAGACGUGAUUCGUCCCGGCGCGCGACGCUAUAAUAUUAUGUGUAAUAUCGUUUGCCGACGCGCAGUAGAUAUUUCGGUAUAGUCGGUCGUAUUUGUGAGGUCUCGUGUGUGUGUGUGUGUGUUUGACUACUACUACUACUACUACUACCACGGUCGUGUGCGUAUACGUUCGAAACACGUGCUUUGGGCGUUUGUAUAUUAUUAUAUUGUAAUAUUAUUAUUAUUAGUAUUACUACGGUUUUCAACGUUCCCGUUCUGACUGUUGUUCCUGACACCUCCGCAGCCGCCGCCGCCGCCGCGCACCAGAUACCGAAAUACAUCAGAGACGGUUUAUAAUAUCCUAUGUGUAAUAAUAAUAAUAAUAAUAAAACAUUAUACGCCGUAUAAUUAAAUAUUAAAUAUUAAAACGAUAUUCAAACGCUCCCGAAAACGCCAAAGGUUUAUUAAUGAUAUUUUGUAAAAUAUUAUAUUGUAUCGCCCGUGUUACUGCUGCGCGUUAGAAGUCUCGGUUUGCAUCCCCGUUGUCGUAAACACACCGCAAACCGCGUACGGCCGUAAUAAAUAAUAUUUCGCGAACGUGUACCACACACUCGUUGCGGAAAUUCUGUUUUGCUGCGUCGUUCGCUCUUUUUCGCGAAACCGUAUUCAAACGCUUAACCGACAAUAACAACAUGGCCGCCGAUAUAAACACAAUCCGGGGGACGGGGACAGACCCGUACCCGGGGUAUUGUCAAUAGGUGGCCCAAUAUUAGGGAGGCCAUUUUUAACCACAAAUAUACAACCUAAUAAUGUCUAUUUGUAUCAGAUAUUUAUAUAAAUUUUGACGAAAUUUUGACGCCAUUUACCUGAUUAUAUAAUAUGUUGUACGACAUAAUAUAACACUGCUGGUAUGAUGAGCCAGUAACGGGUACUAGGUAGUAAUCACUUACCAUUAAUCGAUUUAUAUCACUGUAUGCGAAUCGAGUAGGAUGAUAUUUGGUGGUAUAAAUUAAACGCAAACGACAAUGGGUCCCACUAAAUAUUUUGGGCGGGCCGGCCUAAGACCGGACACAUUUUAGGAUGGGCCAAGCACACCCCGUCCUCUCCUUAGCUACGUGCCCGGGUGAAGAGUUUGAGUGACUAUUCGGUCCCGGAUCUGGAAUUAUAAUAUAUUCAUGGUCGAAUUCCGUUCGAAAAUACGCCCUAUCGAGUCCGGUGAAAGGGCUGCUAGUUGUCAUUGGAUUUUCCUAUCGUUACCAGCUGCUAAAUUUACUAACCGUGGACGCGGAUACAGUUAAAUGACGUUUUCGUUUGACGUCGGUACGCGCGGUAGUCAAUGUUUACGUAAUUUCCUUAUCAAUACGGCUAGACGAUGAUUGUUAUUUCGACCACGCCCAUUGGUGAAUAUCAGUACAGUCUUGUAGGAUACCCAAUCUGUUCGUAGUUUUCCGGUCGAUUUCAUUAACAGUACCGAAGUAUAAUUCAUUAGUUAAGCGUGGACUUUUUGGAAUCGGCGAAGGAGAAUAAUGAAACGGAAAAUGCAUUACGUUUCACGUAAACGUAUUAUAAAAUAAUUGAAAUACAACAUAGCUCGGUCUUAUAGAAAACAAUAUAAAAUAAAGAGAAGAAUAAAACACUAUCGGAUCGUCAUAAUAUACAGUGUAUGGUCAACGAUAAAACACGUGUGAUUAGAUGAUAACGAUGGAAAUUGCGAUUGAAAAAAUGUAAACCUUGACCGCCACGCGUAUGGCAGCUGGCGCUUUCAACAUUCAGUGUCUCGGUGUAUAAAAAGUUAGCUAUUCCAUGUCAAACCUCGUUUCUCAUUACUAACGAUUUUAUGAAUAAUGGAGAAUGAUAAUACGAUUAUUUUCGUACAAAUGGUCGUGUAGUCAUUGAUUGGCAUUGCCAUAGGUAAUGAAAAUAGUGUUUUCGCCGUUAAAUGCUCUAUAACUAGUAUUACAAUCCGGGCAAUUUAUAAAAUAUAUAGCAAAGAGAAGAAAUUUUCUCUUAUUCGACUACGUUGUUCGUGGAUUUGAAUUUCGGUUUCGAAAAGUUCUUGUUGAUAAUUUAUAUCGUUUUUGCUGUGUAGUCGUCCGACUUGUUUAAAUAUUUCAAUUGGCGAAAUACCAAAUAAUAUAAAAAAAAAAAAAAAAAAUAGUAAUUUUAACAACCAUAAUCAUGAAAACAAUGAGUAGGUUAAUGUGUACUCAAUUAGGUUAUUUUUCGGACUUGCGUUAUGUGUAAGUUUGUUUCACCGAACUCGACAUACCGCCGCCGCCGCUGCCGUUUUACAUUUAAACGUGUUUCCCGAUUUAAAAACGUACAUUACAGCCAUUUUAUCAUGUAAAUAUUCAUAAUCGAGAAAAAAAUGUAUAAUGCAAAAGUUAUUCAAUGAAAUAUCUGAAAUAAUUUGUACAUUUUUUACCGUGUUUUCUUGCGGUUCGACUUUUGAAAUUCAAACGAUAACCCUUAUUCAAAAUUCCAUGAAUCUGACGGAGUGUUUUGAAUAGUUAAGAAUAGUUCAGAAGCGUUAAAUACGUUUCGGUGUUGACGAUUUUUGAUUUCCCGUCUACGAGAUGUUCCACUUUUCAGUUAAGGUAGUGAGAGAGUCGUGAGUGGCCGCGGGAAAUUUAUCGGGGAGUGGCAUAAUAAAAUCAAACAUCAAAAAGUACUUAAAGUAAAAUAUUAUGCUUGACAUUUUGAAGUACAGGGGGUGGGGGCAGACGCCCCGUAUUGCCCUCGCCUCCGGGCGUCCACGGGGAGAGAGUAUAACAACGGAACACUUUUCAAACGCCUCGCGCGCCGUGCCGCCGCGCGAGCGCCGUAGCGAUAGAAUGGCCGUAACGCGCAUUUUGAAUCGCCCUGUAUGUAUUUUAUCUGCAUUUAUAAUCAACGGAAUCGGGUUGAAUAGGUGCAGUACACCUAAAUUAAUUUCGCAAGCCCGAGUCCCGACGCGAGGCGCAUGAUAUUAUAGAUACGUAUAAUGUUAAUAUUUUUCAAUUUACAACGCUCGUGCGAUUUCGGUUCGCCGGUUACGUUUUAAAACGCGUAUUACGUACGAACCGAUAACGACCCGGUUACAAUAUUUUCGUCAUGCCGCACGCGCAAGCGCGAUGGCCGGUAUCUAAUCUCAGAUGACCAUUGCGCGGGUCGACUGGAUUAUCGGCAAAGGGUUAGCGAGCCGCCGCUCGAAAUGAGUGCACAUCCAUGUUACAAUAUUGCGCGGCCGCAAAAAUAUACAAUACAAUAAUAACAAUGAUAAAAACGAUAUGAAAUAAUGUUAUAAUGUCCCGAAUUACGGCGAUAAGCGCGCACAAUAAUCGCAGUCGAGUAUAACAAUUAUUAUUAUUGUAAAACAUUAUAAUGUUUACGGGUCUCCUCGGGCGUUCCGAGUAACUACCGGCCGCGGCGAGAAGCGAGUCGUAACAACAAGCCGACCGGCGAGCCCCGCCAAACGCACACCGGCACGGUUAUUCUUUCGCGACCCAUACCUCGUUAUAAAAACCGUAGAUUUAAGAUUGUAUCCAUAGGCGUAGGACGCGGGAAGGCUAAGGCCGCUAAACUGCACUUGUUCUGUACGUUUUUGUAAAAGAAAAAGAGUAACUAAAAAACUAGACGACUUUUUACUGAAAAGUGAUCAUUUUCAGGGGAGUUGUGAGGAAUGUUAAGGUGAUUAUAGGCCAUUUCGAGGGAUAUAGCCUCCUUAGCCCCCCCCCUGCAUCCUACACCUAUGGUUGUAUACUCUUAUACUUGGACGCGUUACCGUACCCUCGCAUGUUCCGAAACCCGAGGGCCUCGUAUCCUUUUACCGGGGUCUCUUACUCGUUGAUAAUUUUUCUCGUAGUUUUUCUCUGUCGCUUUCAUCACUGCCCGUACCUUUUCGAAGUGUUAGUAAACGUCCCCGCGUCGACGUUUUCUUUUGACCGCCCCGAUUCGUCGAUUUGUAUUACGGCACUUAUUAACCUAACCGCCCGUUAAUCUUCUCUGGUUGAAUUUGUCCACUGCAACAUAUUCGUAUACAUUCUACCAAUCUCUGUAAACGUUGAUUCACUUUGAUCGUUCAAAGUUUCGGCCUUGGCAAUUUCCAUUACAUAAAAUAAUAAUGAUCCGGUAGGUUUGACUGUAUACUUGACUUGUACAACAACCAACAGAGUAAAUGCUUACAAAUAUGCUUAUUAUUUUUAGCCUAUUUUUUUUAUUUUGUUCAAGAAUUGUGUGUUCUCAUAUUAUGUCAUAAGAUAAGAUUUCAUGGGGCCCCCUCCCUCCCGCACAGUGUGGGACCCAUAUCUAGCGAGAUGUUGAAUAAAAAUAUUAUACUUACAAAGAGAGAAAAAUCACGUGGCGUAUUUUUCGUUAUCUUUUCGACAGCGGUUUUUUUUUUUUUUUAACUUUGUUAAUAUAUAGGACGGUGACGGACGGUAUUUCGUCGCACUAGUGUUAUUUUUACGAGGUAUACGGGUGCUUGUAUAUAAUAACGUAAUAUUAUACUAUUAUAUUUAUUUGGUUCUGUUGCCGAAACGUUCACGCGCACCGCCAUCUAUACACAAUAAUAAUAAUAAUAAUGUACAGAGUACUGUAUUAAUUUAAUAGUCUAUACAUUAUGGCGUACUCGUGAAAUCCGGUGCGCAAUUAUCCGCGGAUAAUACGGUGUACGACUGCACAAUAUGUACGCUACAAUAUUAUUAUGUACAAUAAUUUAAAACUAUACAUACGCCACUGUAAAUCAGCGGUUCUCAACAUUUUACAAUAUAACAGUUACGCCAAAGUGCGCACGUAGUAUACACUACACCUAUGAUAUAUACAGUACACACAAUCGGUGUCGUGUCCGGGAAUUUUCUACGGGAGGAGAUAUAACGAGUACAAAUCGUGAAUAAAGAGUAAAAUCGUCUUUUUCGCCCAACUCGACUAUGGGAAACGGGAAUUUAAAAGCCGGGUCCUAAAAAAAAGCCAAAUUCUAAUCAAUGCAUCGAACUGUUCCUCGUGACUUGGCUGAAAUUUAUAUGCAUUUCGACAUUAGUUUACUCGUAUUUUUUUUUUUUUUUUGUAUUUUUAAGCCAAUAGGGGGACAUAACACCUAGUAUCCCUCUGCACACGCCACUGUACACGAUAUACGCGGGACCGUUCGUGUAUAAUGGCACGCCGCACGCUCGAAAGAAAUUCCCUUUUAAAACAAGUGUCGUCGUGCGCGCCCGGUACACAGGGUUCAGGACUGUUUAGCUACGUUACAAUAUCAUCGUUCAUCAUGGUGCGAACGAAAUUUUAUCACGAAAAGACGUAUUUGGGGCGUCCGCGAAUAAUAUGCACAGUGGCGUAAAUGCCGGGUGGACAAACGCCACGAUGAGGGCCUUAGCAGUGGCCUAGACCAGGGCCCAAGGCGUUUCGGGUGUCAGCUGAGAGUCUUUUUGAAUGGCCUUUUUUUUUUGUUUAUCGGUCUUUUAAUAGUUAAUACAAUUUUUUCCCGCGGGCAUUAGAAGUCCUAGUUACGCCACUGCGGACAAUAUAAUAUACUAUAUACCCGUAUCCAUAUCAUGCACGUAUAGAAUAAUAUAAUAUUAGCGACGGUCAUAACCGAAUAUAGCGGCGUCAUUAUCCCGGGACUGUCCGACGGAUAAUGAAAACCGAUAAUAAUAUUCGGAAGUGCUCGUCGCUGUGAUUUUUUUUUUCUUUUUUAAGCAUGCUCAUCCCGUUUCUUGCGCUUAUGUGUGUAUAUUUUUUGAAAUUCUGCAGGUUUUUUUUUUUUUUCGGAAAAUUGACUUAUAAACCAAUACCGUUUCCGGUGUCGUACAAAAACCGCGUGCGCGCACAACGAACGCUGCCCGGCCGCGCGGGUCAUUUCAAAAGUAUUCCCCGCACUGCAACAGUUUUGCAAAUAUAAUUAUUGCAUAUUAUAACGUGUACUGUAAUGUACGGGUUGUGAUUAUAUAUGAUGUCGUAUACGCAUGUUUAUACAAUUUAUGUACAGUAGAUAAAUGUUUCCGAUAUUAGUUUUUCCCAUCCCCGUCUCGAAUUGAUUUUAUUCGCGUAUAACCACCGGUUAUUGAUAACCACCGCACUGAUAUUGUACACAUUGCAAUAAUAAACCCGCACGCACGUAGGCGAACGGAAGCACCGUGCACUCGUUGUUUCGGUAGCUUUCGUUGGUAUCAUAUAAUAUUUAUACGUGCACAUCACGUUGAAAUAAUAACAAUAAUGACAACAAUAACCCCGUAAUGCGUCUUGAAACAUAUUAUACUAUUGUAUUUUUGUUACUUGUAAUUUAUUUGAUAUUUUAUUAUUUGUGUGUGAUCGAUGUGAUUUUACGUAUAUAAGUGAAUAAUCUGUUGUUUUUUAUUUUUAUUUGUAUUUUUUUGUACUAUAAUUUUGAUCAUAUAUAUUUAUAUAUAUAUAUAUAUGUAUAUGUAUAUAUGUAUAUAUGUAUAUUAUGUAUAUAAUAUAUAAUUAUAUUAUUAUAAUAUUGUGUACACCUACGAUGACUUGAAUACUAAACGUCCGGAUGUGUGCAUGUGUGUAUGUGUUGAAGGACGAGGAGGAGGAGGAGGAGGAAGACAAUCGUCGUCCGCGGCUGCUGCGGGCAGCAGCGAAGUGGCGGUGGCUGCGGCCGCGACUGCGGCGGCGGUGGCGGAUGGCGCCGCCCCGGUUGUCGGACGAACAGAAGGCAUUGUCACGGCAGCGCAGGCGGGACAGGCGUAGGGAGUUGCAGAGGUUGAGGCGGGCCGACCCGGAAUACCGACUGGCGGAGCGGGCGCGAAACACGCAAGCCCGCCGCGAACAGAGGAACGACCCGGAGUACCGGAAGAAAGAAAGGGAACGCGACACGCGGGCGCACCGGGAGAGGCGGAACAGGGUGGACACGGUGAUGCGAAACAUCGCCGGUAGCCUGUGGACCUACGGUAAAUGCACCUGCACUAUCCCGCGAAUCGGACACCGAAGUGUCUCGGCCACACACAGUGUCGUCGUCGUCGUCGUCGUCCAAAGUGUGAAAGUCGAAACCGUCGCACGUCCCGCGUUACUUUUAUUAUGUCCACUUGUCCGUAUUUACCUAUACGAAUACAACGCAUCGCGCAUCACGUUUUAAUUCAUACCGCGUAUAUUAUCACGCACGGCACUGACAUUUUGACGCGAUAUUUUCACACGGGACGUUCUCGCGGCGUAUUUCUGGCUGUGCGCGAGUUCGACGCUUCGGAUAUUUUCCGCCACAAAGUGCGCCUCGCGCACCGCCGACCCAUCGGGCACCGCGGCGGAACUAUCGCGCCGUUUCCAUUUCGUCUGUCCGCGAUUCGCCUCCCCAAAGCAAUUCUUGCACGGCCCCCCUGUAGCAGCGACCGGGGUCCGAUUACCCGACGACCGCGCAAGAGCAACAGCUAUCCGUCUCGUUUUCACUUUGCGGUUUACGCAUAGAUAGUACUAUAGCACUGCACUAGUUUUGUGACGACCGUUUUUUCCGAUACCUUUUUUCGACCUUUUCAACGCCCGCCGUCCGCGACGCGUAUUGUUGUUAUGUCGUAUACUAUUGCUAUUGUCGGCAUUGUUGUUAGUAACAACGCUUUACGUACUUAUCCAACGUAAUUUGAAUAGGAAAUUAUGUUAUCGUGAUCGGCCGUAAUAAUAAUAAAAAUAAUUCCCAUUUUGUUGUAUAAAAUGUUCUAAUUAUUAUUUUUUUCGUAAUAUUUUCGUGUUUUUACUCCGCCGAGAAAAGGAUACUGCGGCAGUAUUAUAGCGGUGCGUAUAUUAUGAAUAUACGGUACACAAAUACCGAAACUCGUACGCGUUACGGGGUGGUAAAAAUAAAAUCACGUUGAAAUAGGAUACUACCCUGUUGUCGUAUUCUAUAAAUUACAUAGGGAAGUUUUGCGUUUAUUCGUCAUCCGAUUGUAUGUUUUACCGGUGCAGGCCGCGUGAAUGGGUAUCAUUAUGAAGCAGCUGCUUCGUGAUUUAAUUAUAGGAGGGCGGGUGACGGCGGCACUUUACCAUUAUAGAUAUGUUAGAUGGGGGGAGGGUCGGGAACGGUUUUACACAUUUUUUUUUUUUUUCAUCUACUAAUGACCACCUUUACGAUAAGAAAUUUCCCACCAAUCUGCUGUCCGAUACCCAUAUAUAGGGAGAAAGGCGAACGGUCGUUUUUUAUUUUUGAAUUCGACGUUUUAUACCAAUAAACCGGGUAAAAAUUCGUCCACGACCUCUCGUUCAAUUUUAAUUUUAAGAAAAAACAUAUUUGAACUUUUCGAUUUCUCGUCUAUGUUUUGUAGGAAAUUAUUAUUACUUAAGGACAUAAUGAGUUAGGAUUUUUUUUCUUUCUUUAAAAAAACAAAAAAAAAAUCAAGUAAAAUCAUUUUUUUUAAAUAGAAAAUGUACUACUGAAAGUAUUUUUAUUUUACUCCAACUUAAUGGUCUGAAAUAUGAAAUCCAAAUGUACAAAAAAAAAAACAACGAAUCGCUCUCAACAGCCUUAACGAAAAAGAUGAACUACACGAAGUCUAGUAUAUUCUUAGUUACAGCUCCCGAAUAUUCUGGGCUUGGGUUGUAUAGUUAUUUGCGAUUUUACAUUUGCUGAAACCGCUUCAUAUAGAAUAGACAAAAAAAAUCCACGACAUUACUGUAUUUUACUGUAUUACCUAUUUGGUAAUUUUUGUUUAUUUUUAUGUAAAUACAAAUUCAAAUAAAUAGAUUACAAGUGUUCAGUACACACGUUUGUAAUUCAGACUAGACACAUGGGGUCGGUAAACGCUAUUUUUACUGUUGUGUGCGUGGAUAUAAGAGGUUAAGAGCGUAUAAAAUUAUAUACUUUCGCGGCUGUCAUUGGCGUGCAUACAGAAAGGAGGGUAAGUUAUGGGUUAUAUACUUAUAUCUCCUACAUUUGCUUAAAAAUACAAUAACCGUGAGUGCUGAGUGAGUAAUUAAUAUGUGCAUUUAUUCAGUUAUUUUAUUUUAAUUGCAUAUUUCAGCCAAGUUACAAGGAAAAAAAAAAUAACUCGGUUUAUUGAAUACAAAUUAGCUUAUUUUGGAUCCGGCUUUUAAAUUCUCGUUGUUGGGUUGAGUAUAAAAUCACAAGAAGAGUCUACGGUUUGUUCUUGAAUCGUGAUUACUGUUUACUUAUAUAACCCCUCCCGUUGAAAAUUCCUGGGCACGCCACUGGCGGCUGGCAUUGAGUCAGUUCGCGUGUGUGGUUAUUUCUGCAACAGCAGCGUUCUGACCCAACGACUAAUUAUUAUAUUACUUUUUACGUCGAAAUUGUUGACCGUAAUGCACGCACACCUUUAAUAUGUACGAUGGCGAUUGUUAUUGUUAUUGCACUAGAGCGUCUAGGAUACUCGGUUCAUAUUGUGUGCCAAAAUAGAAUAUUAUGAAAUAUUCCUUAUUCGAAAUAUCCGUUUGGAAUAUCCUUAAUGGAACAUUAAUUUUCCACCGUUUCCAGGUUAUUACUCCCCUGAGCCUCGGACUUGAGAUUUUGUUUUCGGAGGUCUCCUCGAAACGUUCAUCAUAAAUUAUUUGUGUAUAUAAUAAUAUCACCGUACUUCUUAAAAAUGCCUCGCGUGAAAAAAUAUAUAAACGUGCCCCCCCUCCCUACAAAACAAUUCACGGUUUUGAAAAUAAAACGCUGACGAUAUUUUUUUUCUUUUUGAAAUUUAAUACACGGUCAAGAAUAUAGGUAUAUAUACACUCGUUCGAGCGAGAAAAAAACAAGCUUGGUUUUCCGAUUUAAUAAUGAAAAUAAAAAUACAUAACAAUGUAUUAACAUUAUGAACAAUCUUUGUUUUUUUUUUUCUUUCUUUAAUUUCGUGUAAAAGGGCUUCUAAAAAAAAUUUGGCACCGGUCCUCGAAAACGUCUUAAUCCGGACUUGCUCGCUGCAGCCCGUACAUAAUACCGACGGAUAUAAUAAAAUAACGUUAAAUCGCCAACUUGAAAAUAAUACGCUAUAUUAUAUUAUGCUUUCACUGUGUAUAUAUAUAUAUAUAUGUAAAAGUAAAUUGCUAUACCUAAUUACUGUUCGUGGGUUUCGUAUCGUGGAAAGUACCAUAAAUCGUUAAAUUCAAAAGAUAGAGAGAGAUGUGUGUUAUUGUAUAUACGUGCACGCUGGACGUAAAACGACGUCUCAUUCCCAAUUAUAUUUUACUUACGCGCGUGUGUGUGUGGUGUAAUGUCAUUUGUUUAUUCGGUCCCGUAAAAUUAUUAAUACACAUAACAGACGCUACCAAACGUUAUUUUAUAAUGUUGAACUGCGAUAUUCAUUAAAAAAAUACGCUCCUUUUCAUAAAUGGUUUCUGUUUUCACAUCCUGAGCGCAGCGUGGAUUGUUGUAUUGAUUUUACUCCGAUGCGGACAAUUUUUUAAUUUGUUGUGACUGAUCAAAAAUCCUGCUUCAGUGAAAUAAAAACGACAAGAGAGGUUAUUUGUGAAAUUUUUAGACCUAUUAUUUGGUGUAUUAUUGAGGUCUGGGGAGGUCGUUAUUUUAUUUCCUUCGUAAUAUUUUUAUCAAACAUUAUUGGAAAAACUAACGAUGUUUUGUAUCAUUUUUUUCGAUUUCUGAGUCAUCUGGCGGCAAAAAAGAAAAAUACGCGACUCAUCACCGAUUACUCUGCUCAGAAUCGUUCUUAAUUAGAACAAUGGUCUAAUACAAACCAAUGGUUAACAUAAAUUAAAUUAAUCUAUAUUACUAUAUUCUGCCUUCCAACCUUCCUCCUAAAAAUAUACCCACCAACAGUAUCGACUCUUUUUAAUUUCGGUACACCUACCUACGCAUCUAUACAGUUUUAUAUCAUUUUUUUUUUUUUUUUUAAUACCUUUAUAUUAUGUGAAAUCCGGAUAUAAAACGGAUAUUUUAUUUUUCCAAGAUGGUUGAAUAAUAUAUAUAUAAUAUACCUAUGUAUAUACUUACAACUCGCUAUCCAAACCUCCGCGUGCUAUUUAUUGGAACGCGCGGCGAACCUAUUUUUUCACGAUUUAUUAUUAAUCGAUUCGGUUGUGUAGUCGUUUUAAAAGUCAAGUGUAAAAAUGGUCGUUUGCAGCGACGAAAUUAUUCAUAACACCCCGUAAAACACGAUUUGUUUUUUUUUUUUUUUUUUUUUUUUUUUUUUAUAAUCCGUAAACCAUCCAGUAAAAUAUAUACAAACCUAUAUACUGCAUGUUUACACCGUGAAUACGAGUUUACUGCAGUGUACCAUAAUUCUAUCCGUCCUUGAUUAAAACUUUGAAAAUUUAUUACACAACCAGUAAUGACACAUUACGUGACAGUUUCUGCAAUGAAACGCACAUAGCAACACAGCAGCGUAUUAUUAUAGUUACACAAACCGAACAAAAAUAUCUAAACACUAUAAUAUAUGUAUGUACUUUUUAUAGUACCUAUGCAAACGUUGUUUAGAGUUGUUACGUUUGUGUUUGAUUUGUGUGGCGAAAUAAUUUAAAUUCACGAGCUGUUAAAAAAAAAAAUGAAUAGGCUCAAAACUAUGAUGCAUAGUUCCAAGAAUAUAUUUUUUUUUUAAUGCGGCAUUUGUUUUAAUUGAGGAGCCUAUUUACUUACGUUGAAUUGAAACUUGAUAAAUUAUAAGAGAAACAAAUAUAUUUUCUAAUAUAGGUAAAUUAUGUACCUAUACCUGUUGUGCACUGCAGUACGUAUAACUAUACGCAGGUAUCGAUAAUAGAAUAUUCUAAAAUAUAAAAAUUCCAUGGAAAUACAAGCGAUAUAAGUAUCGAUUAACCCAUAUAUCUGUUUAUGCCGUAUGCUAUAAAUUAUUAUGUGAUAAUAUGGAAACAAUUGUAAUCAUACAUUAUGUCUUAUCAGUUAUCACGUAUUUACCUGGAAUAAACAAAUAUCCCAUGUGUAAAUCAAUACAAUUUUCCCUCUUGGGUUUAUUGUUGCCAAAGCGUCAGAUUUACUUACAGGAUCGGCUGUCUUGUCAUUGUGUGCAUUAUAUCAAAACCUAAACAGCCUAAACCAUUUUUGGGUCACCUUAUUCUUUUUACCAUCGCCGCCAACCGAUUAUUUUGAUUCUCUAAUGUCAUAAUUAUUUUUCACGAACCAAACCAUCAAAUUCAUUUGAAGAUCGUAUUAACCCACUUACAAUACCCUUCAUUACAACUUAAAACCCGAAUGACAGUCAUGGUAUUGCAAUAGUGGAUACAAUAAUUGUAAGCGCCUAUAUCUACCGAAAAAUAUAUUAUAAAAAAAUCUUAGUUUCGUCAUGAGUCUGAACAAUAUAAUACCUAUAACUGUCAGAUAACAUACCUUCUGAAAUAUGUAAUUCAAUUAAAUUUAUUACAGUUUCAUGUUUAUAUCAUAAUAGUUUUUGAAUUAUGUUCUCGUAUCUUAUUUAUAAACUAAAAAAUGUAUUAUAAAUACCUACUCAAAAAGCAAAUAGAAAAAAAAAAUCUUGAAUCAUUUCUUAAGUUAGUGUCACUGAAUUAAAUGUGUACCUACUAAUAUUUUAAAAACAAAUUACUUAAAAGAGUAACAUCGUUUGUACAAAACAUAAAAAUAAAAUUAUUUUACUAGAGUACUCUCUGGUGUAUAUAGAAGAAUUUUAAAACGAAUAAACAUUAUUUAUAAUAACAAUAAAAAAGUAAAAAAAAAAAACAUAAAUAUAAUAAUAUAUUAUAUGGUAUAUAUAAUGUAUUUAUUGUAUGCAUUAUAUUAAUUUAUGUAUUUAGAACGACAUGAAAUAAAAAAUGACUUUAAAACCGUAAACAUUAAGAUAAACGCAAAGUAAAUAAUUGCAGUAACAAUAGUCAAUACAUAUACACGGGAAGAUUUGCCAAAAGAGAAUAGGGAUACUUUUGUACAUAUUUAUUAUUUUUAAUUGUAUUUUUCAAUUAUAUUGACUUAUUUUAUCCUUCCCCCGGUCCCCUAUUAAUAAUAUAUUAAUAUAAAUUUUCGAACUCUGUGAUUUUUAGAUUCUGAGCGAAGCGAGUAAUGUAUUGGUUUAACAUUGAUGUGGGUUUUUGUUUGUUUUUUUUUAUCUGUGAACAACAGAAUUUCUACCAGAAAUCUUGUUCCGAUUUUCAAGUACUAUUUCUGAAAGGAAAUUUUAUCCGAGUGGUACUUUAAAGAAGUAAUUUUUUAAUACUCCAAGCGUUUUUCAUAAUAAUUGAGAAAAACUGGGGAAAAACGGGAAAAUAUACUUACAUUAUAGUAAAAAAAACUGCUCCGAAUUGUUUUUUGUUAGCAAAGGUAUAUUGUUGCGUACAGUAAUAAAUUAAAUUCCCCGCUAUAUCCUACCAUCCUGAAUUCUCACUUACAACAGUGGCCCACUCAUUGUGCGAAGUAUGUUUUUUUUUUUCUUAAGUCAUCGCCGGUAUAAUUGUGUAAGUUACGUGGCAAUAUAAUAUAAAAUACAAAAAUUGGAGUAGACUUGAAUUAUUUAACUGCCUAUAAAAGAUAAGAAAGAAAUAAUACAAUUUAUACAAUUUAUAAUAGAAUAAUAAUCAUUAAUAAUAAAACGAAAACGUAUAUAAUAUUAAAACGGGUUUCUAAUAAAAAUGUGUGAAUGACUUUGUAUACACUGCAGCGGUAUUCUUAGGCAAUUUUUUAUCGAUGGAAAAAAAAAACCAUUGAAAGUCACCAUGUAAUAAGUUUUUUUCUUUUACUACGUUCCUAGAUUAAAACACCUACUCGAAGAGAAUUAGUUUUUAUUUUAAUACCGGUUCUAUUACGCGGGUAACAUUGUAUUAUAUAUCUCUAGUACCAGGCGAAGAAGGGCAUUUUUAGCUUCUUUUUUUUUUUUUUAUAAUUUUGUUUAAUAUAAUUUUUGGUAUAAAUUGUGUACCUGCGUGCGUGUGUUUUCAAAAAUUAGUGCGUGUAGCGUAUUAAUUAUGUGUACAAUGUGUUAUAUUAUGUAUGUGUCAAAAUUUAACUCGUUCAUAUUUAAAACACAUCGUGUCAAUUGUAUUGUAUAAAAUUUGACUUAAACCCUUCUUGCCUGAGUACGAAACGUGCAUUCGUAUACAUUACAAUAUGUAUUAUAAUGUAUAUAUACUGACAUAAUUAACAAAUUUCAAAACCUAUUUUUUUUUUUUUUUGUCGAUUUGAUUGGAAUACAAUAAUUAUUAUAAUAAUAUAAUACUUAUAUACUCGGCGGUAAAUCCGACAAAUAGUAACCGCGUAGUUCGCGGCGUGCAUCUCAUAAAAACAAAACAUAUUUUCCCAGAAUAACAAACCGAGAAUCGCACACCUUUUGCGUAACCGCCCCCCCGUGACCCAUUUCCGCGUGCGUGCGCGUUGCUCGGCGUGUGUACACGCGUAAAAAAAGCGCCUUCGGGAAAAGCCAUGCGAUUGGCCGAACCACGCGGUUGAUGUACUCGAAUACCACAACAAUACCGGCUAUACCGCAUAUAAUUACGCGGCGUAUAGUCGAGUGGAUCGUGUUCGCUGCAAUAGCGGUAACGUGAUAACAUUAUCAUACGGUUAAAAUAAUAUUUCGACAGAAUGUAUUGAAAUUAGUCUAUUACACAAUAUGUACGUAUUGUCAGGGACGGGGACGUUAUUUUGUAAGUGGCGAAAAACCAAAACAGUUAACAACUGUUUUUAAACAUUUUUUUUGUCGAUAAAACACUUAUUACAUAGACAAAUUUAACAUGCGGCCUUUUUCAAAACGUCACGCCCGUAUACAAAUAGGUAUCCAAAUACAGACAAUUAUAAGAAUUCGUUUCCUUACGAAUCGCCUUUUAAAUAUUAUUCGUUUGCAGAAUCGCGAAAUUAUUGUAUUUUUUUAUACAUAUAUUCUUGCGAUGCCUAACGCAACAUUUUAUUUCAAAGCGGAUUUUUAUUGAGUCCACGUAGAUUUUCAGUAUUUCCACGAAAUCCGUGAAAAAUUGCAUUGUCGCGGGCCGUUCCGAACCCGAAUAACCGCUAAUCGCAGCUAUUGACAACAGACGUUUAUCGGACUAUUGAUGUCGUUAAAUUGCUAGAGAGAAACAAAUAUCGCGGCGGCGGCGGCGGUGGCGGCGGUUACCGACACGACCGAGGUUUGUGUGUAGUUAUUGUACACGCACCAGCGGCGUGCGAGCACGGUCGCUGGGAUCGUAGUGAAGUGGGUGGAGGUAGGGAGGGGAACUCGGGCGUUUGAAACUCACGCUGUACGCUAUUAAUUAAUUUCGCGGCCCCACUCCGUUCCGGGGCGCCAUCGCCACCGUAAACUUUUAAGGCACUACUCUCUUUUUCGGUUCUCUCUCUCUUAUUUAUUUUUGCUUGUUUUUUUCGUCCAUACGUCGACCGCGAGCUAAUUGUUUUCCACGUCUUUGGCAGAACACAUAUUAUCUCGACGCGCGCACUGUAACUAUAUGACGUACACUUCUCCGCUCUCCGUUCCGUCGUCGUCCCGGUCCCACCACUUCGCGCCGCCGCCGCCGAUAACGGCGGCCGUUCUCGGAUACGCGUAUUUUACGGGCGGUGGCGGCGGCAGCAAUCACGUUCCGGCGGGCGCCCGUGAGUCGUUUAAAAACGGCUCUCGUAGCAAACCGAACGCCGUUUCGGGGUCACAGCCGGCGGCCGUCGGCGAGAUAACGUUUGGCGGCGCGCCGCCGUACAGUUAGGUUAUGAAUGGGACGGCGGAAUCUCCCGGAGGGGAACUCGGGCAUCGUCCCCGUUUCCGUCCGGCCACGCUGUAAUAAUAAUAAUAAUAAUAAUAUUGUAAUAUCGGCCGCGCGGAGAUUUCCUGUUAACCCCCGGUCGUCGGUGCGGCCGGUUGUCGAAGGGAAAAGAAUCCACAUUCCGGUCCCCCGACCCGUAUACAAUAUUAUGUCGUGCCGUGUAAUAGCGUGUAUACGCACUCUAACACUUACCGCGGGACACUUCGCCGCGCGCCCGAUCUAUGCGGGCCCGCGACGGAGAAUAUCGGAGACGGGACGCGCGGCCCGUAAAACGACAUGGUUGUUAUAGGUAUAUUAUUACGAUUGAGAGACAAACAAAAAAAAAAAAAAAAAAAUGACGAUCGGUCAUCGGCCAAUAAAAGAAAAACGGCGGUACUACGGUGGCGCGAUGUUAGUGAUUUUUCUCUCUCUCUCUCUCUCUUUAUUGCGUCUCGUGCUCGUGGCGUCCGUCCAAAAUAAUAUCGAGUCGUACGAGUGUGCACGCGUCUAACGCGUUACCGCUCGAAUUCGAAAUAGAACGCGUUUUUACUGUAUUUACAGGUAUUGCGCAGCCGACCGACCGCGAUAACGCUCACCGUCACUGCACACGUUGCCGUUUUGUGUUACCCGCAGUGUUGGCGGUACUUCCGUUUUCGACGAUGGUCCGUCGGACGGUUACUUCGCGUGCCGAGUCUGGAAUUUCGGGGAGGGGGCAUACGAAAUCUGAACGUAAUCCGUUUCCAGGCUCGUGGCUUCCAGAUUUUCACGGUCGCCGAUAAAUAUUGUAUUAGGAUUUGACCGAUUGCUAGAGAAAAGAAAAACACAAAAUUCAAAUUUGAAACGCAAUACAUCCGUGAAGGGAAAAAAAUCCUCUCGGAUGUUUCUCUACGGAAUUCUCCGUACACGGCGACCGUUUUCGAUGUGCAUUGUGUCCGCACACGUUUUUCUGAGCCGCCCGUUUAUUGUAAGGUUUUAGGCGUGUCUAGGCGCGCGCGCUGCCGCCGGUCCAAUCGAAAACCGUUCUUAUAAAAUUCCCGCAAUCCCUGUCUUGUCGUGUGUUUAUUGUACGCGGGCGGGGCGGUUUCGAAACUAUUUCGUACCGCGCGUCGCCCGCCACCCGGGGCCGGCGACGGCGACGGAGGGAGAGAAUCGGUCCGGGUCGCCUAUAAGCAGGGUGCAGACGUCCCGAGUGCUCACAUUCCCGUGUUAAAUAAAUUGGACGACCUUGAGUCUCGGAAACUGAGUGUUCGGAACGCGGGGAAACAGAAACCGAUCAGCUGAUCGAACGUCGUUUCUAUGUUGUCCGUUGACAAUAUUGUAUUGUAUGUGUAUACCGUACACAAAAUAUACAGCGAACGCCGUAUUGUACUGAUCCCGUAUUACACUCCUGAUUGGCCCCGAUUCCCGUGAGAUGCCGAUUAUACCGUGUUAUCGCCGUUAAACUGAUUUUGCCGUUUUGAAUGUUUCAGUCGCGGUUACACAAUAAUCUGUCCGUGUCGUAAUAAAGUGUUUUGGGCGAGUUUAAUAUAAUAUUUAUUUGUCUAUAUUGACCGAGAAAAACGCAGCUCCACUGAAAUUUCCUCGAACACUGCGGUCGAUAUAAAGAAACGUAGGUACUAUUUACUUUUAUUUGUAUUAAUUUUACAAUUAUGUAGUUACAGUUUUAAAAUGGCGUCUGGAUCGUAGUCGACGACUGCUAAAACGGUAAUUAUUAACCGAUAACGAAUUAUAGUAAUCUCGUGGCACCGAUUGGAAAACAGGAUUCGCGUGACAGGGGCAGCUCUGUAACAACGCACUCAUCGCUCACAUGCAUCCGGGUCCUGUUCGGAGGCGUAUUUUUUUCUCCGUUUCGCACGAGGUCGACGAUGCCUUAAAAUGGAAACCGGACGGAUUAAUAUUAUUUUCUCUCCUACGGUACAUCAUACCUACAAUACCGACAGUUUUGCGCGUGCGCGUGCAAGACGCGUAAUAUGCACAGGGCGAUUAUAUUUAUGGUAAUAAUAUGGCGCGGACCCGCGCCAUAUUAUCAGCUGUAAACGGGGAUUUUAAAUAAAUUUCCUCUUAUGCCGCGAACGUCUACGGAUUAUAUUAUCGGUUUUCGAGUAGAGCGCCGCGGAUUCGAAAAAUUCAAUAUUACGCGGUUAAUCCUUUGGUUCUGUUCAGAUUACAGAGAUAAUAAUAUUAUGUUACACACAUCGAAUAGAAAAACUGUCAAGUUUGUGAGCGGUUAAAUAUUGCGAAUAAAAUUCCGACCAGAAAUAUCGAAUAUUAUUGAUCAUAACGGGCAUACUCGAAAUCUUCGUUUAUAGAUCGCGCUGCCGGCUGGUUCACGUGGUAAUAGCGAUCCCGUGAUCACCCUGUAUAAUAAUAUACGACGCGUAAUAGUAUACAUUUAUACAAUAUACGAUAUUGUGGGAUAUGUUUUUUUUUUUUUUUUUUUCAUUUUUUUUACCCCUCCGUCUCUUUUCCCCGUCUAACACCGCGUGCGUCGUCGUCGUUCGCCGAGUAUGUCUUCGUGAGUCAUUGCUGCCUCUCGGUUAUCGUCCCCACCGAAAAAACCGGUUGCUAUCGCGCGUACAAACAAAACGUAUUAUAAUAUUAAAUGAAAAAAAAAAAAAUAAUAAUAAAUAAAUGUAUACGUAUACGUAUAAAACGUAUUAUUACGGUAAUAAUAAUAUUAUAAUGUUAUACUGCUCACGCCCCGCCGCCGCCGCCGCAUACCGCCACGCGCCAGCGCCAACGUUCGCGACAAUAAUAUCGGAGAAAUAUGUUGCGAAAACACGCGUCGCAUCAUUUUAUCGGAUGCUCGUAAUUAUCAUUUCGUUCGCGCGAGACAGCAAGUCAACAGCGUAUUGUUAUUGUUUACAGCUUAGAUCAUCGUAUACAAUGGAUAGAGCGUAGAGCUACGGCUACACCUCCGGCGAAACGAGUACGUCGCCAAACAUCUCAAGGGGGCGUGUGGCUACUGCGCACGCGUCGCCUAUUUCAUAUAACACCAUUAAAGCCUAUGCACUGGAUAUUCGGAUGUAUAUUUUACAUAGAUAUUUUAUAGACAUUUUACAUAUAAAUUACAAUUCUGUGACAUUUUAUUAGGCGAACUGUGAUAAGACUGUUAAUUGUACUUCGCCAAGUGAGACGCCCUAUUGAUGCGUGUUGGCGACACGUUUUAUUGUUUAUAUAGCUCUGUCUAUUGUACACGAUCUAACGUGUACAGGGUUUGGCAGUAUAUCGGAUGUACAAUUGUAUCUUGUAUCUUCUAUUAUUGUAAUACAGUUCUGAAUCGGUGUCGAAUAUCUUGUUCGUUCCCGAUUUCGUACCUAUAACACUCGUACGCGUCUGAAUAAAGCUCAGGUUUCCACCUGUGACGUGCAACGUAUUUAUGUAUUCAAUUAUAGAUGGUGAAAUGUAUCGAUAUUCGGGAUUCUACGAGUGACCGUGUAAAAGAAUAGACCCGAAACCUACUUCACGGUAACUCCCGGCAGUCGUCUGGUAAAACCAGCGGACAUUUCGGUUAAUGAGUAGAAGAUUACCGCACUGACCAAAUCGAUAUUAACUGAUCGUCGUAGUGAAAACCUCGCGUGUCGUGACGUGUCCACUGAUGUAUAACGGUGACAAUACCGACUGAUCGGUGUCCUUGUGUAACCCGAACGAGAGAAAAAAGAUGCGUUCAGCCAAACUCUAGACAUUGUCCGGUAGAUCUCGGUUACUUACUGAAUUUUAUCAAAAAUCAUUAUUAAAUGUCAAUCGACUAGAAUAAUACGACAAAAGACGUACCACACGACACCCGACGUUGCUGUGAUACCGCCUUGAUCCUUAAACCGCGUUCACAACUCGUCGUGUCACGUAAAACCCGAACUUAUAGCUUUUCGCGAUAAUCGUAUGUAAUAACUGAUAAGACGAAUCCGGCAUGGACACAUCAGAAAAGAGCAUGUCACACGACACGUGAAGUUGAACGUCCCUCUUUAGAGUAAAAUAAUAUACGGGUGACUUUGUAAUAUAGGAUGUAUUUUCCGGGAUCGCCUCCAAAAAUGCAGUGUAGCCGAAUUUUAAAAAAUAUGAGGAAAGCGUAAAUGGUCAUAUACCUGCGUGGUAUUACACUUCAUAGAAACGUUUAGUCCUAAAAUUGUUUUCGGUCGAUUUUGAAUUUAAUUAUCGUGCUUAAUGGAUGUACUGUUGAAAAUGUCGAUGAAUUGUUCCGAAUAAAAUACCGCCGCCCGGCAACGUAGUACUUUUUACGGGGCACGGUAUGGAAAAAAUCUCGACAUCAACCGUAUAAAAGUGUUUUCCACGAGAUAAAAAAACGCGUCUUUGUAAAACUAAUAGCUUCUCCGUUUUUCCCGGAAUCUAAAAGCGCUUGUCGUAAAACUGCGUGAAAAUAACUGCACGAUUGAUAAACCGUGCCUGAACGGACCUAUAAUGUACACUCGACAGUUGCAAUUUUCUCAAACGGGCCUUCUCAACGCGGCGUUAUCGUUGCUUAAUACUAAUAGUUUAUAAUACGAGUUGUGACGUGCCGUGUAAAAUAGCGUUACAGCCGUGCGUGGCGGAAACAUUGUUGUACUUAUAAUAUAACCCCCCCGCACCACUAUUUGUAAGGCUGUUGGGCCGCGUAAUAUUUGCGUUUAAAUUAAAAUGUUCCAUCGUUUAUUGGUUUCAGCCGACUUGGAAAACAUGGCGCCGGAUCAAGUGGGCCCGGACGAAGACACCGGCGUGACCGCUCUGAGCAACUGCGGCGGCGGGGCCAACAUGAACACCACGGUCUUCGUCACAGUCCCGGCCAGUCCGUUCCCGGUCCGGGUGAGUUUUCGUCCAAAUGAAUAUCAAUAUAAUGUUUUAUUAAUCGUCAUUAUCUUGCGGGAAACGGCGUGGUAAAUGGUAUUCUGCAACGUAGCGCGUCGGCCGAGGACGCCGCGUAUAUUCAACGAUCGUUAUUUAUAUAAAAGCGACGUGUCCCCGAGACGUAACAUCAAAAUAACAACAAUACUAAACUUGUCGUUGUUUUCGGACAGCUGUCUGACGCGUCUAAAAACUAAAAUGUGGUACUUACGGUAAUACGAUUUUCAUGCGUUUUUAGAUAUAUAGCUACAUAAACCAUAGUACGCCGAAGAAUUGAUCGCGUCGUUAAACAAUUAUAUACUUUUAUAUUCGCGUAUAAAAAACAGAAAACGGGACAUCCUGAACACUGACAUAUCACUUUAUUUUACAAUAUCGAUCAACACAACGUAAGACACUUGCAUUGUCUCGAGAAUUUUAACUUUUUUCGGGAUUUACGUUUUUAGAGAAUCAUUUUUUGUCACCGUGUUAUACUCUGGUUUAUGAAAUAUAUUUAAAAAAAAUAAAAAAAUCCAAAAAUGUAUACAAUGUUUUAAUUUAAAUUGAUUACCGGAAUGUGAUUUCGCGGAUGUUUGCCGCCGAUUUUACCUGCGGUUAUUCCGAAAUCAACAACUAAAGAUACACACACAAUUAUUAUGCCAACGGUACAUAAAAUCUAUAUCCGAUAUCCGAUAUUUGAAAUAGGAAACUAUGAGUUAAUAUUUAAAUUAACCGACAUACUCGUAUUGGUUGAAAACCCGAUUUUUUUUAAAUUACUUUUUUGCAUAUUCCAAAGACAUUAUACACAUUUUCUCCAAAAAUAUCGGUAAAAAAAAAAAAAAAACCAAUACCGCCCGCAUCGAGUAUCGGUUUAUUUAUCGGCCACCCUUAAUAAUAUUAUAAGUUUUCUUUAAAACUUGAUAUUUUUUUGAUUCUUGUUUCUUAUGUAUAUGUACUUUAGUAAUUUAAUAAUAACGCAUCGCAAACUUUAAAAUAUUAUACUGCGGUAUUCUGCUUCUUAUUCUCCGUGACUGCGUUUUGAAUUAUUAUUACAUACGACCUUCGAUACUUACUACAUUCUGAGCGUGUGAAAUGGCCGACACUAAUUGGACGCGGGAUAGUUAUUACUAUAUACAUACUUACAAACAACUUUAUAGCGUUAAAAGUCCCGAAUUCGCGGAUAAUUUAAUAUUCCGACGGUCGCGUAUACACGAAUACGACGGUAAUAAAAUAUCGUGGGUUCAUUUCUCUAUUUCGCGAUAGUAUUUGAAGUUCGAUAGUCGAAACUAUAAUAUGCGUGCUUAUAUAAAUGGACCGGGGUGCACUAGCUGUGCAGCGCGUUAUACCGUACCCGGCGGUGUAUUAACAUUCCCUACGUGGAACGAGCCACAUAUGCAAAUGAGAUCCUCUGAUUAGGCAGAUAUGACGUUAUUCGUUUGAAUAUUUAGACAGGUACCUUAUUACUGUACAGUUCAACAUAAUAUUGGGUUCCGAUUGCGCUUCAAUGGAUUGUUAGGUUUAAAUCCGACGACCGUAGACCGAAUCGCUCGCAGUUUUAUCUUGAACUUUAUCUGAACUCGUCGUGGUUUUCCAUCGACUGAGUUUUACGUUUACACUUAGAACACCGAGUACUUCCUCGGCUAGCAGUAUCAGACAAUUCGGAACAGUGUGUGACGGUGAAAACACGUCGUCUUAAUUAAUAGAAUAUCAUAAUUUAUAAAUUUUUGAUCAGCGUUUCGAACAGCGAGGAUUCCAUUUGCGACUGUGGCACGUUUCAAGUACAGAGAUAACGUUUUAAUACGAUUCUCUAUUUAAAAUAUUAUUGUAUAGUUGUUUUUGUUUUUUUUUUUUCCUGGAGAUUUUUGUUUUUCUUACAUACGUCGUCGCUUCUCUUUAUAUGGACCGAGAUACUAUACGACCGCAUCGGUGAUUUAUUUUUAAAAACGCGCGAGGGGUCAGUAUAAAUAGAAGCACAUCAGACACGACGGAGACACGCACACACAUUCGACGUGCUUGGACAACUAUCAAGUGGCCAGCAAUGCGACAAAUGUUCGUAUAUAUUUUAUUCACAGGGGAAGCUUUUUAUACACGCUCUCGCACGCACGCGUGUGCUGCGUUGUCGUACAGCGGUCCUCGUGUCACCACAUCCUAAAUAGUAUCGUACAUCAAAUAUAAGAUAACUCAAUUUAUCUAUUAGGGGUCACAUAUCUCCGGCCGGCCCCCUUGCACAUAAACCAAUAUUGUAUUCUUGUACCGUAAUAAACCGCAGAUUACGCAUGUAUAUUAAAAAAAAAUCACUGUGUGUUGGGCUACCGCCUCGGUUGUCGAUCGGCUGCCUAUAAUAUGUAAUAAGAAAAUAUAUUAUCACCAUGUGGUUUUAUACGUUUUUUUUUUUUUAUACCUUUGCGUCUUGUGUUGUACGCAGGAAGAACUGUCGUCCGAAAACGUGUCCGUUGGCGGUGGCGAAAAAGACAAAGACUCGACGACGACAGACGACAACGAGGACGAUGACCUUACUUCGUUGAGUUGGCUGCAAAACAAGAAUUUGCUCAAAGGUCAGUAUACAAUGUGUACACGUAUACCUAAAUACUAUUAUAAUACACCAGCAGUACGUACGCCUGUUAUACAGUAAAAACAGUCGAUACGGACAAAAAAAAAAAUCGACAUCGAACCAUGGGUGUGUCACAUUUGGUAGCAGGAGGGGGUUUAGCAAAUAAUAAUUAAUCAUGAAUAUAUCGUAGACACUUCUUCUAUGCCUAAUCCGAAAACGGUAAUUUAAAAGCCAAAUCUGAAAAAUUAAAUUUGUAUCCAAUAAAUCGAGCUUUACCCAGCAACUUGGCUGAAGUAUAUACACAUUUUAAGAUUGAAUAACUAAAUAAAUAUUCAUAUUUGUUGUAUUUUAAAGCCAAUAGGAGGAAGUAUAACUCUCAAUCUCCCAUCCUUUGUGCAAUGACCACUAUUAUAGGUGGGAAGUUAGGAAAUUAGCUAGAAUAUAUAGAGUGAUUAAAUUUGUAUAAUACCUACGCCACGAUAAAUCAUUGCUAACGAACAUCGAUUCUGAGAAAGUAAAACAUGUUUAACGUUUUUAUAGACUUAAAUGUAUUAAAUGUAUUGAAGAAAUUAAUAAUUGGCAACUACAAAAUAAAUUAAAAUUGUUUUUUCGUUUCAAACUUUUGAUCAUUUUAAUGGAACCGAAAACAAAAAUUACGAAAAUUUCGAAUAAUUAUGAAGAACUUAAAACUGUAAGAAUAUUUUGAAAGUUGCACCACUUCUAGGAAGGGUUAAUAUAAAUAUUUGGUGAAAAUAUCAGAUUUCUUUGAUUAUUUCUCGUUUUUUGGUAAUUAUUAAGAAAGCUACAAUGAAAAUCAAAAAAAUUACCUCUUCAGUUCACCAAUUGGGCAACAUUUGUUUCCCAAAAUCUCCCCUAAAAUGUAUAAUUGGGGCAAGAUGUCUGAUAAAAAACUUUUUUACAUACAGAAAAAGUACACAUCGUAAUUUAACCAAUUAUAUAUUAUUGUGCUUAGAAUCGCAAAGUUACAAUAUUUUCGUUACGGGUUGUUAGUCCAUAAUGUUGAUACUAUAUAGAGAAAAGAAAAAUGUUCCGUGCAUUUAGGUCAGGCUGCCAAACGAUUGAAUAACAAACGCACAAUAGGGUGUUAGGUCAUAAUAAUUAUCCGCUGUAUACUUUAAAAUAUUAUGCACUAACAACUUGCACGGCUAUAGCAAACUAGCUGUGACGAUGUAUUUUCUAUAAAAGUUGCUAAUUCGUAUUCUGUCCAGAAAAUUAAUAUAAAUAUAUUAUAUAAAAAAAUCAAUUAUUUUAUACACAUAAUACUCGUCCUUAUCAUCGGCUACCAGAGAAGAAGUAACUUGAAAAAAUUGACUUCUUAUUUUUUUUUUUGGAAAAUACAUUGAAUACAUUCAAAACUGAAAGUAAUUGUGCGAAAAGGAAAGAAGAACGGAUUUAUUGAGAUAUUCAAAAAAGUUUUCAAAUAAAAUACCUAAAUAACCUCCUAGCAAGAAUUUCCCAUCUUUUAAGGCAUAACAAAUCAACGAAAAUACUAGUUUUUCCACUACACGUAGAAUAACAAAAAAAAAAUUAUAUUAAAAUAAUCAAAUUAUAAUAUUUAUUUAUUUAUUUUAUGUAUUAUAAAACUUAUGAGACAUAAGUUUAGACAAAUUUUAUAAGAGAGUCUGUGGCCGAUUGAGUAUAAUAUAAUGCAGCAUUCUGCGUUAUGCAAUGAAAUAAAUUAAAAAUAAUUAUUUUAUUUUGUAUUAACGAAUGCGUUGAAAGAUGUAAUAUAUUUAUUUUAAAACUAUACAGGUAGAUAUUAUUAUAAUAAAGUAUAUAAACUAAUAAUGUGUUUUCAUUUGAAAAGUAUUUUAUUUUUUACAUUUUAUUAUAUUAUUUAAAAAAAUAAUAAUAAUAAUGAAACAUAUUUUAUCUAACCAAAAAAUAAACAUUGAUUGAACGUAAUAAUUUAUACUUAUUAAACUGUAGUAAAAAAUAUUUAAAUACAAUAUGUAUUUAAUAUAAUUUAAUAAUAAUUGUUUAUUUAUUGUUAAAUGUAUAUUUAAACCCUCGAAGUAAAAGUGAAGUAAAAUAAUUCACUUUGUCGAUGUACUACGAUUAUUGUUGUACAAUAAUUAUAAUAUAAAUAAAAUAUUAUAUUCGAUUAACGUUUCAAUACUGUGAACAACUUUUGUAAAAAUAUAUCUAUUUUUAAAUUCUGAACGAAGCGAAGACACUAAGUGGUGUUUUUUCUUUAUGUCUGUAACCAUUUUUCCUGUUAUUAAAAUUCUCAAAAACGUUCACACCAGACCUGAGAAAAUGCAUAUUUCACCCCAGUGUAGUAUUUUAUUUAAAACACAUUUCAAGAAUUUCAAAGUUGACGAUAAGUAUACUCGUAAGUUUUUUUUGUUUCUUGUUUUUUGUGUAGUUUUUAAACGAUAAAAAAAAACCUAUUUUACAAUUCAUUACGAUAAAUCUUACUCCUUUCAGAUUCGGUUUUUUGAUCGCAAAGAUUUACUAUUGGUCUCGUAAUGUACAAAUAGCAUAGAUAUUUUACUCAACUUGACCUACACCUAUAAUAUACGGCAGUGGGCCUAACCGCGGUAUGAAAAUGCGUGUAUUAUGUCCGGUUCUUUUUUAAAAAUAUAAUUGUUCGAAUAAUUACCAUUUGUUUUAUUCUUACGCAAAACGGUUGUAUAUCUACUGCGAUUGAAACACUUAAACUAUAAUAAUUAUUAUUAUAAACAUAAACUGAAGAUUUCAAGGAUCCUCAGACACCGUAAACGCUUAAACGCGCUAGGGUUUACCCGUAUUCAAUCCUAAAACACCGGUUGAUUUAGACGUACCACGCGCGGUUUAAUAGUAAAUGGAAGUUUAAUUGGAUCACAAUAUAAUAUUAUUAUAUAGUGUUCUAACCGAACGUACAUAUUAUUUCGGUUAAAUGAACUUGCUGCAGUACCUUAUUCACCAAAAUCAAUAUAUUGAUUAUAUUUAGAAUAAAGUGUGUUAGACGAAUGGGCACGUAUAUUUUUUUUUGUUUACAAUUAAACCACGUGUUCUUUAAGUUAAUCCGCAUUCCUGGUAUAAUCAAGAGCUAUUCGUUAUACUAAAAUGUGUGCAUUUUUUUGGAUGAAUAAAGAUGCCCCAAAUCGUUCACAUCGUACCUCGAAAGUUGCGAAUUUUUCGAUCGAUGAUAUUUUAUUUGAAAAACAUUUCUUGGUUUCCAGCAGUUUUAUUUAAACUGACAACAAAAGACGAUAAAUUGGUUUUAUUUUUAUUGAUUUUUUGGUUACUGUAGCUACACGUCGCAAACUGGACUAAUACUAGACUUUACCGGUUUACCGAGCCCCACUCAGAAUCGUUAUUUAUGAUUGUAAUUAUUGAUCGUUGUUUUAAAUAUAUAAACUAAAUUUCCCUACAUCCUAUAUUCAUUCCUAAAUUUCCUCCUACACAAACUACAACAGUAUGUAGCCGAUCCAAUACCCAUUGUGCGAAGUAUGUGCGUUUUUUUAUGUGUCUAUAACUUGUUUCCAUAAUUUUUUUUACGAAAUAUUUAUUAUCCGUAUCGCAUAAACGCGUUACACGAGAAUUUAUCAAAAGUUACUUAUGUAGGUAAUCGCGAGUUGCACGCGCGUUGUAUUCAAAUUAGAAAGUUGUUAACGAACAAUUUUUUUCUAACUGUAAUUCUUUUUAUUAAUUAUUAUCGUACAUUGUCCUUACCUAAUAUUAUAUAUUUAUAAAUUCCAAUUACCCGCGUAACAUUUAUUAAGGCUCGUGUCGUUAAUUAAUGUGAUAUUGAUUUCCCUUCGAAGUUUAAAAUGUAUAAGCAGUAAUAAUAAUAUUCGAACGAAUCGGCGGAUAAUUAUUUUCGUUAACUACAAUAAUGGUUAUAACCUAUCUAAAAUUUGUUGAAGCUCUUAUAUAUACCUAUAGUAUAUAUGUAUUAAGCUAUAAAACAAUAUUUUAUUGAUGAUUAUUAUUAUUAUUUUUUAAUCAGUAUAAUUAUUUUUUUAAAUGUAUACCUGCUGCAGUCGUAUAUUUUAUGUAAUUUAGAAAUAGUAUUUUCUUUCGGUUAAAUACAAAUAUUAUUAAAAUAAUAAUUAAUGAAUAAUUCAUAAAAAAUUAAUUAUUAAAAAAGACCCGGACAUACUUCCCACUAUAGGUAACAGAUAACGACCGGAAGGAUCCAUUAGAACCGGAAGUUUGGAUAGAAUCAGGUGAUUUAGUUUGGAUAGGUACUAAAAGCAACAAUAAAACAUUGCAAUAAAAAAAAAAAAAAGAUUCUGAGUGUAACCCGGUAAAUUAAUAAGGUUUUUAUAAAAUAAUAUAUUGGUUGUGUUUUUCCUCUUGUGGCCAAGGUUACCCCAGAAUCAACAAAAUUAAAACCUACACUAUACAGUCAUUUUUUAUCAGUUUUUUAGAAAAAUAUUUAAGAAUUUUAAAAUAAUUGUUUCUGCAUGUACCUCCCAGUCGAAAAUUUCACUUAUUUUAACGUACUGCAUGAAAAAAAAAACAAAGCAGUUAAAAAUACUUCUUAGUAAAAUUAAUUGAUAGCUUAUUCAUUUUUCGCCACACUUAGAAUCUAAAAUUAAAACGUAUAUUUUCAACGGAAAUCAACACAAAUUUCAAAACGCGAAUUCAAUUAGCUCGUUUUCUCUAUUAUAAUUGUUGGUAUUAUUUACUACUUAUGUUGUUCGUAAACUAAUUUGAUUUAGUCGAAAUGGCACCAUAUACCUAUAUUAAUACAAAAUAUCGUAAAAAAAUAAUACCGCCGUACAUGAUUAUCGCGUCUGUAUAUUGCAUUUAACUUUAUCUUAUCUUAUUCCUUUUACCCAAAUAUACUGGUUUUUCAUUUUAUUAUUUGCAAAUAGUAAUAAUUUGUACUGUCAUUUUGCCUGAUGCUUUUACAGUUUAGAGUUUUUUUCUGCAAUUUUUAUAAUUUUUUUAAAAUUUUAAAUGGAAUUUAAUUUUCUAAAAACCGCAAAUAGUAAAAAUGUAUUAGUUCAUAACUGGCAUACUUUUACAAAAGAAAAAAAUAGUACUGAUUUCAAGGUAAGAUAAAUAAUAUUACUGUUUAUAACAUUCUAUAUUUUAGUUUUUAGUCCAUUUUUAUUUAACUAUUGAAUAUUAUUAUAUUAUAUCAUAUUAUUUCCCGGCAUUUUUAUAAAAUAUCGUACAAAAUACAAAUACAUUAGUUUUAAUCUAUACAUUUAUAAAUGGUUUGAGACAUCAACAAAACCUAACAGAAAUUAAAAUAGGUCAAAGUAUAGUAGGAAAUUCAAAUACGACAAGACAGUCAAUUUGGCCGAACGAGUAAAGAAAGUAGUAGCAGAUUAUCAUAAUUGAGAGUUUGAAGAUUAUCUUCAAGGUAUUUCAUUUAAUAUAUACUUCCAGUAAUUAAUAUACAUAUUUGUAUCAUUUUUAUCAAUUCUACUAUAUAUUAAUAUAACAAUAUUAUAUAUGCUUUGAAAUAUAUAAAAUUAUUUAUACCUAUCUAAAAUAUCAAUCAAUAAUCAAUAUUAUUUAUUUAUAAUUAAAUUACUUCUAUAUUUCAUACUGGCUGUAUGUAUUUCAUGCGAUAUUUUAGUUGUAAUAUUUUGGUCACGCGAUAUUUUACCGAUGAUAUUUUGUCGGUGAUUCUAAUAUUACCUAUACUAAUAUUACAAAGCUAAUCAUUAUAUUAUGGAUAAUAUUACGAAAUAAAUAAAAGUAGAAAUAAAAUCAUCUAUUUGAUAUUUACACAUUUUCAUAUAAAUGCUAUGAGGUUUUAUGAGUAUAAUAUUGAAAUCCAAAGAAUAAACAAUAUGGAUAUGUUUCAAACAGACUUAUUGUUAUUAUUAUUAUUUAUUUUUUUUACUUUAAAUAUAAAAAUAAUGCUUGUAGUAUAUUAAAAAAUAUUCGAAAGAAAAACAUGGUAAAUUUCUGAAGUAUAAACGUAAUUUCAACGCAUUUAAUAAUAUUUUAAUUUUUACUAUAUAAUGUGUAACACGUAUGAAUCAUUAAUGGAAAACAGACAUGAUCCUGAAAUAUACGAUUUGUACAAUAAUAUGUGGUACAUUAUAACGUUUUGUAUUUGAUAACAAAAUAAAUUUUAUCCCAAAUAUUCCAUAUAUACAUUUCGUAAUAGUGAAUAGGUUUUUAAACUAUACAAUUACAAUAAAUCCCUGCAGUGUACAUAAAUCAAUAUAAUAUAAUCCAAUUUGUUUAGUACCUAUGUAUAUGUGGAAUCUGGUAGCCAACGUUUUAUUGAAAACAUGUGUUGUACACACAUGUGGUAAGAAAAAAAAGUUUAUUUUUGAUAGUCCCUAUUGAAAAGAAAGAAAACUUUCAACAUGGUGUAUACAAAACUAGUAAUAUUCUAGUUUCGUCGAUAUUAUUAUACCAUAGAGAUUUUGCUUACUCUUAUUUCAUAAAAGUAAAAUCUUUUUUUAUAAUAUUGUGACUUUUUUUAGUACAACUAAUGCGCAGAUCUAAGUGAUAAUAUAUCAUUUUAGUAUUAAUUUAUAUGUUUUGUUUUUUAUGUAUAUAUAUUAAUUUAUUUCCCGUUACUAACCAUUAUUUUAUAUAUAUGUACAUUUUACAAAGAUCACAAUAAAAUAUUAACUUUUUCUAUAUUUUUUUUAGUGAUUAAUAAUAUCAUAUUAUUUUCUGGCAUCCUUUUUAUUGUUUUACAGACGUGUGAUAAUGGUUAUAUAACCAUAUAUUAUAAUUUAAAAAACAAAACAUAAAAAGAUUACCUACUAAUGAGUAGGGAAAAAAUUGUUGUAUUUACUGUAACCUUUAUUUAAAUAAAACAUAAUUCAUUAUUAUAAAUAUAACAAAGCAGUGCUAAGGUAUAAUAAGAAACAUUAGUUAUAAAUAUAUAAAUUUAUAUUUUAUUUUUAACACAACAAAUAUCCAUUGCAAUAUUAUAAUAAAUUAUUUACAAUUUUAAUUUUAUUAGGUGCCUAUACCUAGUUUAAUUAUUGGAGGGUGGGUGGGAAUGAUUUUCCAAUUUCAUACAAUUUGAAACGUAUCUUUUACAUUUUAAUAAUAAUCUAUCUACUGCUUGAUUUAAGAGUUACCACCGUUUUUGCGGACGAAUAUUACAUUUUAGACCAAUCAGCUGGGGUAAAAUUUACCCACUAUCCUCUUGCCCAAUUUUAAUUUUGAAAACAUAUUUGAAAUUUUUGAUUUAUUGUCUAUAGUUUUUAGGAGAGAUUUUCUGGGUUUUUUAUUUCGUUAGACAAAAUAAUAUAUGAUGAGUUUAUCUUUGUUUCUUAAAAUAAUUCCGCACUUAAAAGCGUCACAUAAAAAUAAAAUUGAAAAAAUAAAAAUAUUUUACCUACAAAACAUAAAAAAGAAAAAAACUAAUCGCUUUCAACAACCUUGAAACAUUAUAAUAUCACAAAAUAUACCAGCAAUAAUAAUAAACAUUAGAAUUUUUUUUAUGUACGGAUAUUGAUUAAUAGUUUCAUAAUGAAAAUGUAUUGACUUGACAAUAUUAUUUUUCUUUUUAAAUAUAAAAUCUUUGUUAGACAAAGAUUUUAGGUCAGCCGGUAUAAUUAAAAGUGUAGGUAGUGUAUUUAUCUAAGGAAAUAUAGUAUUGUUUCCAUUAAAAUGUAAAAUUAUAUUUUAAAAAAGGACCCAUCUAUUUAAAGUUAUAUGUAUAAAUAAAAUAGUGUGUGUAUUACUUACUAAUUGUAUGAUAGGUAAAAUAGGCGUAUAUUAGUGUAUACUACUUAUCUUUACUAUUAAUUUUUAUUGGGAUUUAUAAGUUAAAUUUAAAAAAAAAUAACGCGAAAAUACAUUAAAACUAUCCUAUUUUUAUUGUUUCCUUCAAUUAUUUUUAUUUUCGCGUAUUAUAAUAUUAAAUGAUGCUACGUCUUCAGUUUAUAAUUUUAUAAUCAUAUUAAAAUAAAUUGACUACGAAACAAUAUUAUAUUUUAAUAAUAAUUAGUUUAGCCUUAUUUCGUUACAUUUUAAUGUAAGAAACUAUCGCACAAAAUAUUCGUAAUUUUAUGGAUUAACUUUAUUCAUAUAUUACGAUUAAAAAAUGUAUGUGCUCUCCAACUCGUAGUUUGUUAGUUUUUCACACGGCAUUUAUUCGUGUCUAGAGGUUAGUGUGAUAUAUUAUAAAAAUAAUAGUCUACUUUCAAAAUUGAUCAUUUUAUGCAUUAUAAAUAUUGUAUAUAGAUCAAUCAAUGGCAUAUUUAGGAAUUUGCUCAUGAGAGAGGUGGGGUCCAAUAAAUUAUUUCAGUACGGAACUGUUGUGAAAAGGUAUAUAAAAAAAUUAUGUUAUACAUUUGCAAUAUAUUCUUGCGAGCUUGGCCUUUCACUGUAGUCAAAUCUACUUACCUAAUCCACAAUAUUUAUAAUAUAUUGUUUUUUAUAUCGAAAUUUACGAAUUUGGACGAAAUUUCUAGAAAAUACUUGUAUUGUUACUUAAUUGAAAAAUGUUAAACUAAUUGUUUGUAUUUAUCUUCAAAUAUUUUAUUAAAAAACAAAUUUCUAAUUUUAACACCUUAUUAUAACAUAGUUUUUUUAGUAAUAAUUUGUUUACACCUUUCGUUACAAAUCUGUUUACAUAAAAUCCAGUGUUUGAUGCAAUAGGCGUAUUUUUACUGUAACCUAGUUAAUGUGAAUUAAAUAACUUGCAAUCACGUGCCGUUGAUAAUAUAUUGUAGAUAUUUAUAUUGUAAUUUUUAUUUGUUUGAACAAAUAAAUAUUAAAAUAAUUAUAUUUAUUAUCUUUUAUUGUUUAAUGAUAAUAAUAAAAUAUCUCUAGAUAGUAUAACCAUGUGUCAUGUACCAACUACAUAUUGCAUUAUGUAUACUUUUUUUCAAAUUACUAUUUGUUUAAAUAGACCAAAUGAGGCGACCACAAACCAUGAACAUAUUAGGAAAUGAUGUGUCUAUGUAUAUCUAUGCUACAAAAAUAGUUUGUAUGUUAGCGUUUUUUUUUUUUUUUUUUUUAAAUAAUCACUAUAAAUUAAAUUAUAUAAGAAAAAUUAAAAUAAAGAACACGAGGUAAAUAUUUAGGUAUUUAACGGGAUAUUUAUUUAAGGCGGGAUUUUCGUCAUCAUAUUAAACCACUUUCAAUGGCUUCGGUUUCACGGGGAUUAUCCAUUCAAUCGAUCGGGUGAUGGGAAAAUGCAUGUGCUGUGUGUUACUAACUUAAUUAAAAUGAAUAAUAUAUGUUUACAAUACGUAAUAUACAUUUUAUUUUUACGCGAUGAUAUCCGAUCACCGUCCGUAAAAAGACAAAAGCCGCUCGUAACCUAGCCAUAAAAAUACUUGCCUAUAUAUUUUAUAUUUAAAUAUAUUUAAGAUUAAAUGAAAUCAGUAAGGUAGGAAUAAUUGUUGAAACGAUCCGUGAAUAAUUAUUGACGUACAUUUCACCAGUCUCCUUUCACCCCUAUUCGAAAAUUUCUAUUUUUUUGUGCCUGCAAUAUUUAGUAUGCAAUUUAGCAUGGAUUUGCGUGCUUAUAUCAUCGUCAUUUAAAUGCUUUUAGUUUAGAUUUUAUAUCAAAAACCCCGGGAGUAGGGGGCUGAAUAAUCGUGUCUUCAUUCAAUUUUUGUUUUAAUCAACCUCUGGUGAUUCGUAUUCGCUUGUUGAUGAGCAUAAAGCUGUGGUUCUCACUUCUCAGAGUAUGUAGCUGCGCUCCCCAACUACUUUCUGUAAGUUCACGUUUACAUAAUUGUCGUUUCGCGUAGUUAUUUUUCUCUUAAAGUUUUCACUAUGAAAUCGAUAUGUCGUAAGUGUUAACUUAAGGGCGUAAGCCGUACAAACCCUCUACGCGCUGUACCCCAGGCAACGUUCUAUAACGGCUAUUUUUUUCAAAUACAGGCACGCAUACUUAUACACAACAAUAACAUUGAAAUAACCUUAAUAACAAUAAUAAUAAUAAACAAUAUACCGUUAGUGGUUAACUGUUAUUCGUUGGUGACUUGGCGUGAUAUUCUGUUUAUGUAAAAAUUUAUGUAUGUAUACUGUGUAUACAUACUUACCUACCUACCUAUAACAGACACAAUAAUAGUGCAAUAGUCUUUUUUUCGGGGAAUAUUCGACUUUACCUGUGGUCCGAGCUACUUAUUUGAAAUUGUGGGAUUUGUUUAUUUUUUAUAAGUGUUCAAAUUAUAAAAUAUAUAUAUAUGAGAGAAUACCAAGAAUAAUAUUUCGAUUAAAUGUUUAAUAUUUUGAAUUUUGCAUUAUAAUUGGAGAAACGUUUCUCUUGGUGUAUUUUAAAUAUUAGAACGUAGCCGUCAAUAAUAAAAUACGUCAUUAGAAUAUUUUACAUACAACUUGUUAUCAGUCAGUAAUAGAUAUAUUAUACGAGUAUUUAUGAUUUUUUGAACCAAUCGAAGAUAUAAUAUAAUAUAACAAUUAAUAAAUAUUAAGGGCGGUUCAGAGUGAUUUUAUGUACUAAAAUGAUUUAAUUUUUUUUUUUUUAAUUAUAUUAUAAACUUACAAACCGCGCGAAGAACCAAUAGUUUCGGUAAUAAUUGUUCGAGAAUAUACUGGCACUUGGAGUAUUUUCUUAUAAUUAUAUUGAAUUCACGGGUCGAAACCCCUGGUUCACGUCGGUGUACACAUAAAUUAAUACUUUUUAUAAAUAUUGAAACCCAAAUGUACAUACACCUACCUAUACUGUGUCAUUGGAACGACAAUUCGCUGAUGGAUCGUUUGGAAUUUUUAUGUUCUGUACAGGUGUUCACGAAUUGCCAAAGACCGAUUAUGCGGACGACGCUUCGUCGGACUCACGUUCGUCCAGCGGCCAGUCUAUAUCGCCGGUCCGAUGUUGGCCAGCAGGUCUGCCCGUCGCCACCACCAAUACCACCACCAACAACAACAAUAAUAAUAACAACAACAAUAACAACAACAACAAUAAGACUUCCGCGUUGCGGUCAUCCAGUUAUGACCCAAAGGUAUAUAAACCAACUUAAAUUAUAUUGUUAUCAUCAGUGGUGCAGGUUUUGUGUUUCGAACACCUCGCAUUAAAUAGUUUAGUUAUUGUUGAUUAUUUUUGAUUUUUUAUUAAAAAUUGAUUCAAAUUAUUGACCUAUUUCCUCAGAAGUUGAAAACACUUAUAAUAUUCUUACUUAAUUUAAAGACCUGGAACAGCCUCCAAAUAUUAUUUUACUUCUAUACAUAAUUGCUAAUUAACAAGUAGUGCCAAUUAGCAGGCAAUUUACAAAAGAAUAAGUCUUUCAAGCCGCCCGUGCCAUGUUUUAUUAUAGGUAGUAUAAGAAAUAUUUGCACGAGUUUUCGCUUUGAAUAUUAUGAAAAAAGUUUUGGAAAAAUUAAUUUUCACUUAAAUGUCAUUUAUACAUUAUUUGCUUCUUGUUUGAUAUUACAAACCGACAAAAAUUAAAGACUUUAACAAAUGAGUUCCUCUUAUUUUGCACUAUAGUCUCUAGCUUAAGUUGUAUUACUAUCUAUACUUAUUAACGGACAAAAAAAAGUUUAACUUAAUUUCAUAAUACUUACAUACACAUACACACACACACAUACAUACAUACAUUCGUCAUCGACAAAAAAUGACUUGUUUUCAAUGUAAACGUAAUAAAAUUAAGACAUAGUGUAAUUUUGUUUCUUUAAAAAUAAUAUGUGUCCCGAAUGUUUGCACAGGUGCACACGGAAUCCAAGCCUCCGUACUCGUUCUCGUGCUUGAUCUUUAUGGCCAUCGAAGAUUCGCCGAUUAAAGCGUUGCCAGUCAAAGACAUCUACGGAUGGAUCGUCGACCAUUUUCCGUACUACAAAAACGCGCCCACUGGCUGGAAAAACAGCGUCCGGCACAAUCUGUCGUUGAACAAGUGUUUCCGCAAAGUGGAAAAAGCUCCAGUAAGCAUAUUUUCACAAUUUUUUUUAUUUAGUUGUUCACAAAUUUUGUAGAAUCAGAGUCAAGGUACAUGCAAUAAAAUAUAAUAUGUAUCUCGUAUUAUAUACGUGGUAUAAAAUAGUACACGCGCAGUUUAAGUAAGUCACGUCCGCUACAAAUUCUACACGAUUCGUAUGUAUAGUAUGAUGCAGGGAUAUGACUCGGCAUAUUACUUUAUGGAGAUUUUUUCUUUUUAUUAUUAAAUAAGACUUUGAUCUCUCGAUUUACCCCCUGAACGCAUGUUAUUUUCGAAUAAAGAAUAAUUUUUGUACAAGAAAAUAGAAAAAUUGUGAAGGAUUAUGACUGCAGCUAGUAGAGUUAGAUUAAUCUGAAAAGAAAUGACACGAGUAUUUUGUGAUAAAAGGUGCCAACAAAUUUCUUAAAAAAAAAAAAAAAACUCUUUUAAGACAUGAUAUACUGAAUAAAAAAUAUGAAAAAACAAUAGAAGUAGAAGAACUGCAAAGGUUACAUAAGGUGUAUGUGUAUACUUGUAUAAGUGUAAUUAGGUUGAAUAAAAUAAUGGUUUAUGUUGAGUGAGUAUAGCAAGACAAAUAAGAGAAAAUAGAUUAACAUAGUAUGGACAUUGGGCAUGUUCAGAGCAGGAAAAACGAAAAUAUAAUCAAAAUGACAUGUAGGAUAAGUGUAGAUAUGGAAACCAGGGAAGAUGAAUACAGCAAAGAAGAAAAAGUGCAGGCUAGAUAAGGGAACCGGUAUGAUGGAUGUAGGGGCAUGCGGAGUACAAGCGUAACUGUUCUCACUUUUGCGAGAUAAAAGCGGAAAAUCCUAUAAUACGUGGGCAGGGUAAACGAGCGGUGCAGUAAAUUAAGCAGUCCACAUUAUAUCCCCCAGAAACAAUGACCUCAGACACGAGUAUCGUAAACCUAUCAUUUGUUCUCCCUCCACAAUUAGAAUUUGGGUAAAGGAUCGCUGUGGAUGGUCGAACCCUCGUACCGGCCAUGCCUGAUCCAAGCACUGCAAAAGACCCCGUACACCAAGGGGUACAGCAAAAAGUCGACGGUGAACACGAGCCCGGUUACUCGGGUGGUAGAGCCGGUCAAGGACGAACCACGAAGUGAAGACGAAAUGUCAACGGUCAGCGACGUGGACGCGGCGACCGCUAUGCUGGUACUCAAACACGGGCCGCACGUGCGCAUCAUGCACAAUAGAGGUUCGUCCCGUCACGACAAUAAUCCUUAAUAUUAUUAUUAUUCUUUAAUAUUGUUGGGCCGAAAUCAAUUGUUAUAUUAUUUUCUUUCGGACCACCGUGUUAACGUGGUUAAAAUGGGAAAAACUUCAAAGGGGUACUAUAUAAUUGCCGAAAGUUGAGUGACGGUCUAAACUAACGGAAAACUAACUAUAAAUCCGACCAAACUUUCAGGGAACCCAUCGCGGAGCCAAGACUUCCAAAAUGCUUUUCUCCCACACACAUUUGUUCAUGAAAAAUUGAAUACUAAUAGGGUUUAAUAAUAAACUGCACUCCCUCCCUUUCACAAAAAAAUAUUGUCUUAUAUGAUAUUAUAUGCCUGCUCACUAUAAAUAAAAUAAAACACGAGUCCGAUUAUGCACAAACCAAUAGGUCGUAUUAAAUAAUUUAUUUUAAACGCAACUAAUUCGAACUUUUAAAAUUUAUAUUUAAAAAUACUUCUGUGUUAAUUGGUAACUAAAGUGUCACUUCGAUGACUCAAACUAAGGGAGCUGCAUAUUAACCGAUAUUAUACGGAUCGAACUUAUAGGAGAACGUGGGAACUUAUAGCAUGCAUUUUUAUUAGAAUUUCAAUCAGAAAAAUAGAUACAGAUAUUUCAAAAAAAUAUAUAUAUAUUUUUCCAUUCCCUUGGGAAUAUUAUUUAGCUGCGAUAUUUUAUUUUAUAUUAUAUAUACGUUUUAUCUCUAGAACCACUUUGAACCAAAGUCAUAGGUACGUUUUUCAUUUUGUUUGAAUAAAUGUCAUAAUUGCGAAAUAUACUUGUAAAUUAAUUCGAAUACUUCCUAGUUGAUGAAUUUAAACUUUAUUGACAAUUUCGUUAAUAUUGUCCUAUACUCAACCCGUUAAAUAUUUGAGAAUUUUUUCUUUAUGAUAAUGUUUAUUUAUAAUUUACGUGAAUAUUUCAAAACCGAGAUUAUGAAAAAGUUUUCGUAAGAUUAAUGAUAUGCGAGAUUUAAAUACACAGAAUUAAAUAUACAUUUUUUGCAGAACUUUUUACUGCCAGAUUUCUCAAAACGGUUUGUAAUUUGUUAACAUAUUUCAGAGACGGCAUUUUAUACCGGCGUUACCUCACGUAUUUAAUCAUUUCUAACCCAAUGACUAGAAUCGUAUUUAAGAUAUUUUCUACCAUGGAAAACAGAUUUUUUCGCGAUUACCCGGAUGCAAAAGCUUGAAUUAUAUCUGUUAUAUUUCAAAUUUUAGUUUAGGACGACAGGUUCAAUGUUAAUAAUUAAUAUAAUAUUCAACCUUUCUGUAGGUAUAGAUGAUCUUAGAUAGUAAAGUUCAUAACUCUAUACGUAAUUCAGAAAAAGACCUUUUCAGUUAAACAGUUUAACGCUAAACUACAUAAGAACAUCACGUUUUCACACCAAUAAAUAUGAAGAAAAAAAAAUUGCUGCUCUUUAAAAACUGCAACCUCGUAGUCAAUUUUGUCCCUCCCCCUCCCCUCGAGUUAACCCUUUAAUAUGGUUCUCUCUUUGACUGGACUUGAGAAUAUAAUGUAUAGGUAUAAGUACUCUUGACGGUGCAGUUGUUUUCUCAGAAUUACAAUAAUCCCUAAGUUUGAUUCAAACACAUUAUAAAUGGUACCUAUACAAAUUUAGUAUUUGAAAUAUAUAAAACAUCACAGUUAUAAGUUCUGUUUGAAUUUUUUUUCUACGUACCAUAUUCGAUAUAUUAGUUCGACGAUCCAUCUAUCACUAAAUUUAAAAAUAUAAAUAAUAUAAUGACGAAUGUAAAUACCGCGCGACUGUUUUAUACCGAAGCGGUCGUUUCGAAAAUCGUUUAAUAUAAAAACGGUUUCAAGCGGGAAAUCUACGUAAAAUAAUCGUCGUGUUGACGUAUUCCAUAACGAAAUGACUUCACUUUUUUUUUCUCUACAAUUCGAUUAUAAUUAUAAAUUUUCCCGAAACGCGUCCCACAUAAUAUCUAUACGCGUUUAUGGUUUUCGGAAAUUAAAUCCCUGCCGGCUGUCUAUAUAUUAUUAUGUAAGUAUAUGCAUAAUAUAAUAACAUAUUGCUAUUUAUUGUUUUUAUACGGUUCUUUUUGUUCCGCGCAUUUAUUUUCUGUCAAUUUUAGAAUUUAUUUGUAUAAAAUUUCAGGAGUUUUGUUUUUUAAAUAUUAUUUCCACGUUUAAAACACAUACAAAAUUAAAUCGGUCAACUGCGUGUCGUUUACACCCGUCAAUGUAUAGUAUAUAUAAAUUAUAAUAUAGGGUUAAGAUAUUUUGUUUAAUACUGACAGAACUACAGUUAACAUAUUUUCUUCGAAAUAAAAGGUUCGUUGGAAAUGUUUACGAAAUGCUAAUUUUGUCUAAUUUUUUCAGAAUUUCUUAUCGCAUAGUUGGGAUAUUAGAUGGGGAGGGAGUCAUAUUAUUAUCGAUUUUAUAUAUUACGAUGUAUCCAUCGGUAUUUAUAAAAACGUCACAUAAUGUGGACCUUUAUAUUGUGUUUUUUAUAUACCUUUUCAACGAUACUUCACGCAAUGGGCUGCGAGAAUUUGUCAUCUCUCGGUUUUAUGUAUAGAAAACUACCCUUACACUUUUUUGGCGAUUUAUUGACUACACAAUUGUAUGCCGAUUCACAUAAGACUCCUGUAGAAAUUCGACAAACGAAUGGGCGGACGACCGGACAUGAUGAAAUUAUAAGGGUUCUGUAACUGUCAUUUUGGAAAUCUAAAAAAUGGUAUUUAAAAAAUAUACAUGUAAUCGAAAAGAUUUUAAAGUACUACAAUUUGCACAAAAAAAUGAACUUUUAUAACAAAACCGUUACCUCGUUAAACCUCUUGUUUUUCAAAUUCGACCAUAACCUUUUUUUUUUAUCUAAUCUAUCCGUUGCACGAAAUGCAAAUACUUAAUUUUACGUUUAAUGAAUACUUAGUGUCCAUGAUGAAAUAGUCUCUUAAAAUUAAUUUUCCGCAGCACGAAUUUUAAUUUCAACAUUAAAAUCAAAUUGGCGACGGUUUACGAUGUCGGUAUACUUGCUAAUGGUUUUUAGGUAUUUAUACUAUGCUCAUUACUAAGACGUAGCUCAGAAUAAUUAUUUCAAGUUAAUUAUUGAGAUUAUACAUUAUAUUUUUUAUUUUAUUCGAAAAAUUAAACUUAAAACUGUUUAACUCAUUCUUUAUUUUUUUUUUCUUUAUAACAAGAAUUUUUUUUUAAAUCAAGUGCGUCUUGUUUGACGUAGGUUAUUAUAUAAUAUAGUCUUGCACAAACAAAACGGCAUUAAUUAAUGUUCUUUCGAAAUGCCGGUUGUAUACUUUUUAUUCUAUACCUUACACAAACUGCAUAAAGUUUUUAAUAAUUUGUUCACAUUAAAAAAAAAAGUAGUUUUCUGCUUCUUUUAAAAAACUAAACAAUAAUGUAACUUUAUUACACCAUGUAACACCACUUUUUUUUAUCAGCACGUCGUCAUCGUGAUGUUCCUAGUCGAAAUUAAUAAUACCACUACGAUACAGAGCACAGCUAAUAUGUUUUUUAAAACCGGUAUAGAAUUUUACUUAAUAAAAUCGGUUUCCGCGUUUAGAAAUGCGCAACCAUUAAUUUUGUAUACGCGAAACUGUAGAAGUGCGAUAUUAAAUCGAUAUUCGAUCCAUUUCAGAAAUAUUAAGCGUAACGAUAAAUAUAUUUUGUCGUUCUCGCGAUUACUUAUAUGCAUGUCUAUUUGUCUACCCACAAAUGAUGCGCGAGAAAAGCAAAAUAUAAAUUCGUACUGAUUUAUUCGAUUUCUUGGGCGUAAUAUUGCAUAGAUAUGACAAAACGCACGUUUCGAAAACUAAAUUUGACGACUAUGUCGUAGUACGUCCAAAAAAAAAAAAUAUUCAAUUGGACUGAAUCCAUAAAUAAGAGGCAGGUUAAAGGUAGUUUGCCAAUGCAUAAUCCAGCAAUGGUUAUUAUUGUUUUUUUCGGACUGAAUAUUUUAAAAAGUUUAAAUGUUAAAGUAUUAUAUGUAGGUAUAAGCGGAUGAAGAGCAAAAUCUAAUGGGAAAGUUUAUGGAAUGUAUAAAAUUAAGUAUUUCCGUUACGUGUUAACUCGUAUAAUAUAACUGCAGCAGUUCUGUUCGCCAACACAAUACCGAUUUAUAACCAACGUGCAAAAUAAGGUUAGCCAACUACAAAAAUUCGCUGAUUUCGUAAUACAGAUCGAUUUUGGGUAACGAAUACGACGUGUAUAAAUACAGUGUAGAUACGUAUCACAACAUCUGGAACGAAACGACAGUCGCGCUUAACUUUCGGUAUGUAUAUACAGACGACGCGUGUCAAUCGAUACGGACGAAAAAUUGCAGCAGUACACUAUAUAUUAUGUGUAAUACAGGGUGCAAUUCUUAUACAGUAAACCAACGAUUAUAUUGUCCACACGUGAAGAUUUCGAGUACAGUUUCACGUGUGGGAUUUUCCGAUCGUAAAAAUCUGCAAAAUCUAAUUUACUCGAAAUCUCCGUACAAAUAAUUAUAUAUCUUUAGUUCCAGAGUACUUUUACUAAAAGUAAAAUCAGUAAUUUUAUAUAAUUUUCAAUACGAGCAAAUUAAAUUUUAAUACAAAUCACUAAAUGGCCCUUAAUCAAAAUAUCGUUCUAAAUCAGAACCCAUGUCGUAUAAUUAUAAUAUGACUUCUGACUUUUUUUUUUCGCCAGACUAAAAGUACAUCAUACCUACUGAAGAUGUUCCGAUUUCCAAUGUAGUAAUGUGUGUUCGAAUACAAACAUGCAUUGAAAACGUUUUUAUUGUAUAUAUUUAUAUUAUUACAUAAGACAAAAUUAUCUUAAAAAUAUCCCAAAUUUUACUUAAACCCUUCUUCCCUGUGACCAAAGGUAUAGUUGCCGGUUCGUGAUGGAAAUACAUAAAUAUAAUCCGAUAAUCCGCGUGCACGACAAAGGUUCGCAAUAAUUAUUUGACUAUGGUAGACAAAAUAUGCCGAAUCUUCAUGACAUUCGCAUCGUUCCGUAUAAUAUAAUAAUAUAAUACGCUAAAUUAGAUAAUUAACAAAACCGAAGCCAUUAAAAGUAAUUAUAUCGAAUAGGAAAAAAGGCCCUUUUUUUUUUUUUUCGUGUUACUACUAAACGACAGACACACGACACGUGCUCAGCGCGAACGAUUUUAAUGAGUCUAUUAAUUUCAGAUUGGCAGCUAACGCAAACAAAACCUGACACGGAUCCAGAACUGGCCGAGGUACGUAUACACUAGCUAAAUUAUAGUAAACGUCUCUAUGCCAUACCGAAAUAUUCUUUGUGUGUAACAUUUUGAUCGCCUGUGUUUUAUUUUUAUACGUUUUCCAUAUAUACCUACCCCCCCCCCCCACACACACGCACACACUAGGUUUUUUUUCGUUUGUCACACGCACGCACACGUAUACAUACUCAUACACCGCACCACGAUGGAACUAUUUGUAUAAACAAGAGCCAACAUAUUUAUAUACUUACACGCGUGUAGAUUAGGGACGACAAUAUAAUAUGUGUAUUGCUGCUGUGCACUUUGUUAAAUAAAAAAAAAAAUAAUAAUAAUAAUAAUAAACUCUUCUACAUCUAAAAUAUUAUGUUAUUUUCUUUACGGCAAACGUUUGCACUGUAUACAUAUUAUUGCAUCUAUCUACAACCUACUCGUUUUAUUAUUAGUUUUUUUUUUACAAAAAUAAUAGAUAUUUAUUCAAUAUUUUCCCGCCUACUAACAUUAUUCAUUACGGCCGUAUUAAGUAUAAAAUGUAAACGAAAAAACAACAAAAUAUUUAGAUACGGAUAUCGAUAGUUGGUAUCAUAAAAGCAAAUUAUCGGUGGCGUGCCUGGAGGAAGGGCUAAGAGGGCUUCAGCCCUUCCUCCCCCCCCCUAUUAGCCGUGUUUAAAUACAAACAAAUUCGUAGGUACAAACUAUACAACAAUUUGAAAACUUAUUUCUAAUAAAAUAACAAUCACUACACUUUUGCACUACUUACUUAACUAAGUACAUAAAUAAUUAUUUUACUACAAAAUCAUGCAUUUUGCAAAAUAACUUUUAUAUAUUUGUAUGUAUUUUACUUUCAGUUUUAUGUAUAUAUGUAAAUUUAAUUUAGAAUAUUUAGCAACUCCUAUCGAAAAAUCCUGGGUACGCUACUGCAAAUUAUUAUAAUAUUUGUUUGUUUUUAAAUUUCUUUUACACGACGCAUGAUGCGUCACCACGACACUACACGUUUCCUGCUCCUAAAAAGUUAAUAAUCGUAACAUUUCCUUUUUUAUUUUGUAAAUCCUCAUUAUACAUCAAACAGUAAAUUAUAUCCUUUUUAUAUUUAAUAUGUAUGUGUAUAAGGUAUACAUGUAUGUAAAUAUUGUAAUAUUUUUUUAUACAAUAAAAACACGGCGGGUUCAAUGCGCUUUAUUUAUAAUUGUUUAAAGUGUACGGCGUUUAUUUUCUACGAUGUUCAAUAUUAAUUUUCAUAGCGAAUGUUUUGGCAACUUGCCGGCAUAAUGUAUGAAAAAAAAUACGUUUCUGCGUAGAAAAUAAUAUGAUAUUAUUAUAAUUGCUGACAAUACAAUAGCUAAAGAAAAAAUAAUAAACCGCUAUCAAAUCCACGAAAAAAAUAUUGUACUUCGUACAUUAUCGGAAAAAGGCUUGUCCAUUUUUUUUUUUUUUUUUUUUAUCUAUAUAAUUUGUUUCCUUUAUUUUAUUUGAUAUAAAUGACAAGAGAAUAUUAGUAAUUUCAAAAUUGAAUUUUUUCGUAGCGAAAACCAUACAAAAUUGACUUUACUGACCAAAGAUUUAUAUACUCGACAUUGUAUGUGGUUAGCGUUGUAGAAAAUAGAGAUUGCCGGUUUGAGAAUAAAUAGGUAGGUAUUAGGUACCCGUUUGAAUUUUGUAUACAGCCGACCUCGAUAUAAUUUAAAAUGUAAAAUGUCUCUCAUUCUCUCUCUCCGAGACUUUGUGUGUGUGUAAAAUUUACCAAUUAUUUAAAUAUUUACCGCAUAAGUAUAAUCCACUGGGCCCACGUAUUUUCCACCGGUAAUAACCGCGAAUAUUUUAAACUCGCAGACUAUAGUACGUUAUAGAACUGAAAUAUAAACUGAUUUUAUUAUAACGUCAGAAAUAAAUAAAUAAAUAAAUGUAUUAUUGUUUUCUUUUUUCAGUUAUAUCCAAUCGUUACGAUAUGCCCAAGCGAGGAUCACACCUACGACAACUGCUUCAAAACGGACAGGUAAUAACCGCGGACUUGUUGCAUUUCCAUUGGUAUUGUUGCUAUAUAAACUCGACAUAUAUAUAAUUAUACUCAGAUAACCCCAUCGCAACAACCCCUAUAACAAUACGUCAUACUAUAUAUUUAAAACGCGUAAUGCGUUUAGCGGGGGAGAUCGAAUAUGUGAAAAGACACCAAACACUAUAAGAACCUCUACAACUGGUAUACUGAAUAGUGUUAGCAAAUACUUGUAGAUCCAAAUACGGGACACACUUAGGGUUGCCAACCGUCCUACAUUGGGGAUGACUAGCCUAUACAAUUGUUUGAUUUGCCCUACGUCCGACGACCCGUCCUACAACAUUUAAUAUACAGUCUUAUAUUUGAAUACAUAGAUCUUACUGUUAAAAAAAAAUUUUUCAAACUUUUACUUCAUUACUUUCAUUGUAAAAUAUACAAAAUACAUUUAUAAAAUUCCAAAAAAAUUUUUUUUUUUUUUUAAGUUAAAUUACGUUUAGGUUAAUUUACGUUCAAAUAGUCUGCAAGUGUUGUUAACCUAUAGUAAAAAUGCUAAGUUUUUUUUAGUCCCACAUUUUACGUUUAAAUAGUUGGCAACACUAGCACAUACUGUGUAAAUUGCUGCGUUCUACAUGUGCGACGGUUGCCUAUAUUUAGCCCCUUACGCUUUACUUCUAGAAAUGUCAAUAUUGUUUAUAAAUGGUGUUAGUAUAUAGGCAACCCGUAGUGAAACGGAGAGCAAAAUAGAUAAGUAUCCCAGAAAAUUUUUUAAAAAAGUGUCCCGUAUUCUAAUCUAAUGCAGUAUUUGAUUUAAGUUUUAAAAUAAAUUAUCAUUUCAAUCCUAUUUUUUUACGCGUAGUAAAUUUGUUUUCUCUUAGUAAGUAUAACUUGGUGGUUGUUCUAAAUUCAUAAUGGGCAUAAUACAAUGACAAUUCAAUAAUUAUCGAUAGUUUUCUAUAAAAAAAAAAUAAUAAUAAUAAUAUUAAUAAAACUGUUAAAAUCUAUACCGGCACGUUCGUUUUCAACUGCAAAUAUAAUACAUGGUACUAAUAAUAAAAUAAUAUUUCGGUUAUUUUAUCAUAAAUCAAUAAUAAUAUUAAUGCUGUAACUAUAUAUUACGUAUAUGUGUUAUUGAUGUUAUAUUAUAGCGUUAUAACGUUAUAAGUGUUGAAUGCUAUGUACUAUAUAUUUAUAUAUAUAUUCAUACUCUGAAACUGUAUACAUUUGUAUAGUUGUGAUAUUGGUAGAUUGUUGCAGGCGUGACAUUCAAAAGGCUCUGUUUAAAUAAUUUUACUCGACAAAUUUCCUUUACGCGCGUAAAAAAAUCAAGUUUAAAGUUCAUAUUAUGUAUAGGUAGGUAUAGCAGGUUGCAAAGGUUGUAGACCACUGGUAUGGCGAAACGCUUUUGUAAUUAUGCGGUUUGCCGAGUGCCAUUACCGUACAGAAUUCGGUUCUAUUUACUUAGUAUACUGCGUUUACGACCAAUUCGUUACAAUAUUCUAUCAUUUUCGUACAUAAUAAUUAUUGUUAUAAUAUUGUUAUUACCUAUUUGAAUAGAAUGUAAUAGAAAUCGAUAAUUCUAACACUGUUCCUUCUACUUAUAAUAUACUUAUAAUAGGUAUAUAAUAUUAUACUACUAUUUCGGUUCUUUUUUUUUCAAACACCGGAAAUCCUAAUUUAAAGUGAAUUUCGACGAUUUAUUUGGAUAGCCGCGCGAAUUUGUAUUAUGAUUAACGGCCAAAUCGGUUUAAUUAGAUAAAUCAACGUGUAAAAUAAAAUUCCGAACGUUUAUACCUCGAUCAUUUUGAGAAUCCCCUGAACAUAAUAUUGAAUGUAUACAAAAAUUACAAUUAUUAUACUAAUAUUAUAUACAGCCGUAAGUAUAGUUGAAAUACCUAAUUGCAAACUAAAAUAUACAUAAUUAUAAAGAUCCCGAGUGGAGCUCGGUUGAACACGGUUUUUUCUUCUAAUUAUUUUAAUGUAAACGUUAUUAUCAUUUUUAUAAUUAUUAUACUAAACACGUUACAAACGUUACAACCUUCGUGCGUGUUUAACGAAAUUUAUCAAACAUUUGUACUUCAUAAUAUAAGUAAUAAAUAUCAACGAAUGUGCACAAUUUUCUGUUUUCCUAAACGAUGGAUAAUAUAUUAUUGUAGAUAUGGAAACUUUUUGAGCUCUUUUUAAUACCUGAAAAAAAUUAAUUUUUAGCAUCCCAUUUAAGUAUGUAAGUCUAUUGUGCCUAAAAUUCAUUGCUUAAGUCCCUAUAUAUUAUUGUAUAACAUUAUAUAGGUAACCCGCUCAGCUCCCAAAUCGAGUUAAACAUACGUUCGAAAGUGAUUGCAUUAUUUGAACUGUAUAUUGUUGGAAAUCGAUAAAAAAAAUGUGUUUUUAUAAAAUACUUACCUAUAGAACCGUGGAUGAAAAAUCCACAUCUUUUAAGAGAGGUGAGGAGGUUUUGAAGCAUUUUUACUCACCGAAAUAUAGUGUUUUUGUGUUUUUAAAGAUAAAAAAAUGUACAUCUUAAUAAAACAUCUAUAUAUAUAAAUAGCUCACUCCAUUCAGAAUCUGAAACGUGUUACUAUAAAUUCUAUUACAGUUUUUCAAAUAUACGAACUGUCGGUUUUAAAUUUAAAAUGACAGUAUACGGAAUACUUGACUAGGCACAAGAUCAGUGUGUAGAUAUGGCUAUAUACUGUUAGAGAAAACGUUCUUUCGUAAAAUUAAGGAUAAGUACCUACAUAACAUUUCCUGUAUAUUUACACAAAUAAUGGUCCAUCUUAAUAUUUACAUGGACCGUUUAAGUCUAUACAAUUUAAUGAAAAGAUAGUGGAAUUUUAGAUUCUGAAAGUAGCGAGAAAUGUAUUGGUUUUACUAUGACGCUUGUGGCGUAUGCUUUUAGACAAUUUUUUCUUUUUUAUGUCUGAAGAACUUUUCUACAAGAUAUUUUGCUCUAAUCAAAAACUUAACAUAAUUUUUCUUAUACAAUUUUAGAUCUAAUUGGUGCAUUGAGGAGGUAAAUUUUUUUAGUUUCUUUAAUAAUGGGAAAAAAACCAGAACAAAUACAAUAUAGGUUUCUGUUAUUUAGAAUUUUUUUUGUAAUUUAGUCAAAACUAAUCAUAUAAACCUGUAGUUUUCAUCAAGUAUCGCACUUAUUAACACUUUUUAAACAUGGUCAAAUUUUCAAAACAUUUUUCCUAUUUUUGAACUAUUUAUAGCCAUUUUAAAUGUUCAAGUUUCAAUUUUUAUUUGGUUUUAUACUUUUAUGUGGACACAAUUUUUUUUGACUUCCCAAAAAUGUUUAAAAAUUAGAUACAAGAAGUUUAUCAUGAUUUAUAGAAAAACAAAAAUGAGUUUAUAAUGUAGUAAAAUACAAUUGUACGUACUAUUUUCCGAUCUUUGUGAAUACAACUUUUUUGGCUCCAUACAAAUGCUCGAUGAUUUGAAACGAAAAAACACUGAUGGUAAUAAUUGUUAAUUAUUUAUUUUACUCGUUUUUUAAUAAAAAAACAAAUUGCAAUUUAUUUUCCCCGAACCCAUUUGUGAUCUCCGUGCAGCUCUAGUUUACAACGUAUUAUAUCGCAUUUACAAUUCUACAUAUUAAUUAUGCUAUUAUUUUUAUAUAUAUAAUAUUACAUCGUAAAUCAUUGAACAAUAGACCAAAAUACCAAUUGAUUUUAUCGCUUCGUUUCAGCUAAAUAUUUUGUGAGGUAGUACUCAUACUAUUAAACUAAUAAAAAUAUCGAAAUAAAACAAUUCUAUAACAGCAGAGUUAUCGAACAUUUGUUUUCUUCUUUACGGUUUGCUUUAGAUAAUAUUGUAUACUAAUGUACUAAUUUUAUUUAUAUUUAAAAUCGGUCUUUGAAAUGAUAUUGUACAAAACAAUUUACAAACUCACGGAGAUUAAACGCUAAAAUGAUAGGUAUUAUGUUGGUCACACAUUUUUUACUUGAAACCUAUAUUUUCGAUUUGAAUUAAUAUUUUAAUUUUAUCGUGUAGAAAGUUUUUUUUUUGUAUAUAGCACCACCCUUCUUAUAAACAAUUCAUUGUUAUUAGUUAUUACUUCAAACUCAUUAUGCUAUGGUUCUACAGUGUUACGCUUUCGACCACGCACAACCCACUCUACUUAUGCACUAAUUUUGUUCGGGCCAAGGCCUAAAAACAAAACUACCACAAUGACAAAAAUAGUAAAAAAAAAAAAAAAAUCAUUUCAAAACAUAUUUCUAUAGAUAUGAAUGAAAUAACUUAAUGUAACCUAUUUUACCAAUUUCCCAUUUACAAUAGUAACACACCAGUCAGCAGUAUCAGCUUUUGUUAUGUAAGUUCGAUAAAAUAUAACUCUUCACGUAUGUAUUACGUUAAUUUUUCCAUGUAUGAGAAUUGUUUACAUUUUGAAAUCACUCUGUUGUAAAAAGAGAAUAAUACUGGAAACUUUUUUCUUUCCGAGACCUCGGGAAGUCAUGAGAUUUCUGAUUGAACUACACACAAUGAUCUUAUUAUUAUUAUUAUUAUCAUAAAUAAACCUAUACACCUCCAUUCUCCAGACCUACAGCUUCCAAAUUAUUUCUAGUUCAAAUCUCCCUGUCGACAACGGUAUCUCGCGUAUUAUACGGCGCAACCCUUUGUUAAUAAAAGACAAUUAAAUUUAAAUCAUUCGCCGUCGAGUGUCUGUAUACAAUUUCGUGCAUAAUGCACUUACAUUAUCUCUCUCGGAUUUAUUUGAUCAAAUAUAAUAUGUAAUCUAAUUCUAUUUUAAUAAUAAUAUUAUAUUUAUCGUUUUGGACCCGUCAGAAAUUAUGAAACUAUACAGAAGAGUACAAAACAAGAAAAAACAUAGAUUUGUAUAAAGCAAUGUAUAAGAAAUUUAAUAUUAAAAUAUGUUACCCAAACAUUACAGCCUAAAAUAGCAAUAGGCCAUGUAUGGUGAGCUGAGGAAAGUAGGUACCUACUUCGAAAUGUACUAUGGGUCAACAAUCCAACCGGUAAACGCCCCGGGUUAAAGACCCUGGAAACGGUAGUCAAUUCAAAUGAAUUAAGUCAAGACGGUGAAAUUGGACUAAAACGACAAAUGGUACCAGAUAUAAAGGCUUAAUGGGAGCUGUGAAGGGCCUUAAUGGCCAGCAAAGCGAUAAAUAAAAAUACAAAUUUUGGCUUUCAAUUCAUAUAAUUAAUAUUCUGCUUGGUGACGUUAUUGAAAAUAUACUUCGAUUGGGGGAAGUAGUUUUUUUUUGAUAAAAUGUUCUAAGAGUUUUCAAUACUAUUGAACAAAUUUCGAGAGCACUGAACUCUCGGAUGAAGUAGGCAGUAAGUUUUUUUUUUUUUUUUUAAUUAUAUACGCAUUUAAUGCACAAACUAUCGGCAUUCGUUUUCGAACGGUGUAACCUAGAAACAUUUGAAUAUAAAUAGAUUUCCCCCCUGAAAACGUUUAACGCGUGUCGAUCUGAUGUCCGAAUGAAUGAUGUACUAUUGAAUAUAAAAUAUAUCCCUAUAAGCUGUAGGUAUCUGAAGUUUGGAUUGGUAUCCCUAAAAACAAAGUGAAAAUCGUAUGUAAUCACAUACUCGCCAUCCAUCCAUAACUCCUGUCGAAACUUUAAAUUGAUAAAAUAAUUAAUAAAACACUUUGACCUAAAAUGCUGACGAUAAUAGAAAUGUCAGUAUUUUAAAAUUUAAUUUUCGCAAAUAUACAAUUAUAUAAGUACAAAAUCCGCACAUAAUUUAUACCAUGAAUAGGUACAAAAUGUUUGAAAAUUUAACGUGGGGUUGAUUAUAAUUAGGUACACUGAAUAUUAAAAAUAAAAAUGUUAAUGCAAUGUACCCAGUAGUUUAUAAACUCCUUUAAAUUCAAAUGUUGACAAAAAUCUUUAAAAUUACGGCAUUUCUAAACGUGUUUAACCGAACUUCGCUCAGAAUUGUAUUUCAUUACCAAUGAUUUAUCGUUGUUUACAGAUGUAGGUAGAUUAAAUAACUCUGCGGAUCCUUCCCAACCUCCCGUCUACAAUAGUGCGACACCUAUCAGCAGUAACAUCUCUUUUUUCCGAUAAUGUUAACAAUAAAAGAUAAAUAAAUACAUUUUAAUAUGAAUAUAUUAGGCAUAAGCCGUCGUAUGCCCACCGAAAUUAUAUUCAAACGACGCAUAUUGUAAGUUUGAAACUCGAUAAAAAUUAGAAAAAAAAAUUGCGACGUAGAAAAUAUUUUAUUAGUAAAGGUAAACUUGUCAUUUUUUUUUUUUUGCCAGCCAAUUCGCGUCCCGAAUUGAAAAUCGCAAUUUCGCACUUGCACGCGUCCUGCGCCUACGCGGCGGCGAUACGGUUUAUCGUUUAUUUAUUUUAUUUGUUUCGAUUAACAUCCUCCGGUAUCGUGUCUCUUUCAGCUUAUGCAAGGAGGACGCCGAAGAACGCCGAAAGAUCGUGGAGGGCGCGGACGCGCUGUUGAACUUGGCGGGCAUCACCACGCGCCGCCUUCGCAAGCGUUCGUCGAGCGUCGAGUGCAUCGACGCCAAGCGGGAGUGCACCACCGCGGACACCCUCAGGCAGAUGAUGUACCUGAAACGGCAGACGGUGGUCGCCGCGGCCGCCGACAACAACAACGAACAGCCGCCCCCGUCGGUCAUAAUCGAACAUCACAAGGACAAGUUCAGAUAAAACUCGCCCUGCCGCGACGUUCCCGUGUUGUGCGCGACAGCGUGUAUAAUAUUGUGCGUGUGCACCGCGUACGCUAAUGCCACGUGCGUAACCGCACUGUGCGCUACGUCGCCGUAUCGAUGUGUGUAUGCCUAUUGCACACGUGCAUUAUAAUAUUGUACACCGUAGCCUACUCCAUUAGCAUUUUGUUGACUAGUUUAUAUUAUUAUACAAUAUUGUAACACAAACGAUGAUGAUGAUGAUGAUGAUGAUGAUGAUGAUGAUAUUGAUAUUAUUAUUAUUAUUAUUAUUAUUAUUAUUAUUAUUAUUAAAAUGAUAUAUAGUUUUAUUCUCUAUUUAUACUUACGAAGAAUAAAAAAUUGAAAAAAAAAAAGAAGAGAAACGUAUAAUAUUAUUAUGAAAACAUGAUAUAAUAUAACGCUUUUAACCGAGCGUCUUAGUUACAAAUAAAAAUAAAAUUGUUUAAGGUAUAUUAUUAUUAUUAUUUUUUUUUUUUUUUUUCAAACCGGUGAUAGGUUUCUCUUGAGUACUGCAUAAUAUUGUGUUAUUCGAUUGUUUUCGACGUCUUCUUGCUCUUAGGAAGCACUGUGAUAGUAAUUUUAAACAUAAAUAAACUUAUUAUUGUUUUUUUUUUUUUUUUUUUUUUUUGUUUGGUAUGACCAAACAAAUAUUUUAUAAUAUUAUCAAUGACAAAAAAAAAAAAAAAUUGCCAGUCUAUUCACCGUAAAAAUUAUUAUACUAAUAUUGUUAAUAACUUCUUUUUUUCUUCUCUUUUUUGUUAAGUUUAUUCUUAUGAUAAAUAUAUAAUUAAAUAUAUUAUUAUAAACUAUACAUUUUAGAAUUUUCUUUUUUUUAUCUUUUCUGACCAUCUAGUAACACCUAGUUCAUGACAAUUACAAAAACAUAAAUAAAUAUAUAAAAUAUAUUAUGUGCUUCUGUGAAGUAUUAGUGUUCAGAGACAAUCAGCGAUAAUUUAUUUUGGUCUUUUUAAUAAAUACUACCAAACUAUUUAGAGUAUUUAAUUUUUUACUGAAAUGUAGCAAUAUCUAGUUUAAAAUAUAACAAUAUUAAUACUUUAAAUCAUCCAUUAACACAAUUAGUCUAUUUUUUUUUUUUUUUUUAAGUUUUUCUCUUAGCCUAACAAAAUAUAAGUGAGUUCCGAUAACAACUAUUUAUUGAGUGUUAUUUAAAAAAAAAAAAAAAAAAAAAAGACAUUAAUACAAAUCAACAUUUUUAUCAUUAUGAAUAUUAUUUAGUUUUAAUGUUUUUUUUUUUUUUUUAUUAUUAUUAUUAUUAUUACUACUAUUAUUAUUUAUUUAUUGUUUUGAAUUUUAUUUUAUUUUUUGUUUUGUUUUUAUUUUAUUUUUUUAGGUAAAUCUUUAGCUCCUUUUAUUUUUUAAUAAAUAUACCUGCUCUUAAAAAAAUGACCCAUCAAAAGUUUAAGCUACAUAUAGAGAUUCUUUGUAAGGGCAACGUAUUUACCUGUUUAUAGGCAAUAGUAUUUUUAUUAUUAAUUAUUAUUGUUGGUUAAAGAAAUUAGUCAAUUGUAAUUAUUAUAAUGCUACUCUUUUUAUUUAAAAAUAAUAAAAAAAUGAUAAUAAUAAAGCAAUAAAAAUGUUAUAUUAUCUAGAUAAUAUUGAUUCAUUUUUUUUUUUUUUGUGUUACCCUUUCUUUGUUAAUCGUGAGUCAUGAAGCAUAACUAAACAUGUUAUACAAAAUUACUACCACUUAAAAAUGACUAGUAUUUAUGUUUGAACUGAUCGUAAUUAUCAAAAAAUAGUUUCCGGCACAUGAACUUGGCUUUUAAUCUUGAACAAAGUAAAAAUAUGCC